CUAAAGAGCAAAUCGUCGAGCUCAGCUGAUCACACGGCAUUUCUGCAUCCGCGCUGCCUCCAGUCACACAGUGUCAUCACGCAGUGGGAGCUGAGCUGCACAAGAACAAGUGCAGGUGAGCCGAGGCAACUGAAGUCCACUCCGGGUGAUUUUGACGGACAGUUCUCAGGUUUUCUCUGAGGAACGAGGCGACACUUUUUCGGGAGACUGACAGAAGUGGACGAGCGGCAAACAUAGAGCAUGAAGAAGACUCCAAAUUCAGGUAGACAUUUCUCAAAAUGAUUGUUGAUAUUCUCCUUAAUGCAUUGAACUAGUGUUUCAAAUUCUGCAUGAAUUUAUUUAAAGUAUGAAUCAUGCAUAUUGUGUGACCUACAUUUGGCUCGGGCUUGGAAAUCAUACAUUAUUCAUAGUUUUUUGAGCGUUAUACCAAACAAGCUACAUGAGUUCGUAAACAUAUUCUUUAGUUGAAAGGUAGUGCAACCUUUCAAUCAAUUAAUUAAUCAAAUAAACAAUAAAAACUCACUUUUGAAUGUUCUAUAGAAAAGUUUUUCAGGCAUUAGAGAGAUAUUCCAGCAUAAAAUUAAUUUAGGGUCAUACACACAGUAACACUGAGUUAGACACCCCAUCGAGAUAUUAAUGUUGCCGACUGCUCGCUUCUCUAGUUAUACCAACUCUAGUAACGACCGCAUGAUAGCAAUACACAGCGGUCUGAGGAGCCAUAAACAAACCUCAACCAAAACGCAGCUCUAUAGCCACAAAUAAUGCUCAGAACAGCACCAAACUUCAUCAACAGUACAUAUAGGGUCCCUAUAUGUAUAUAUAGGACUGCUGUGGGGUGACACAGCUGAAGGAAGAACAUUUAUAAUCGUGACUUUAUCAGACGUGGUAGUUCUUCUGCCUUAGUGUCUUGGUCUGAUUGCAUUUUCCUUAAGAAAUGAUCAUAAAUGUUCUUCCUUGAGCUGCGUCACCCCACAGCAGUCCCUAAUGGUACAACAACGGCUGCUGGAGGAGAGUAGGUGAGUUGUGUUUAGUCUCUAUACUAAAGAAAUUAGGCAAAGUUAAAAGGAUGUUUGACGGCUAGUACUAUGGCAGGGACCCUAUAUGUACUGUUGAUGAAGUUAGGUGCUGUUCUGAGCAUUAUUUGUGGUUACAGAGUGGCGUUUUGGCUGACGUUUGUUUAUGGCUCCUCAGACCGCUGUGCAUUGCUAUAAUGCGGUCAUUACUAAAGUUGGUAUAACUAGAGAAGCAAGCAGUCAACAACAUUCAUCUCUCGAGGGGAUGUCUAACUCGGUGUUACGGUGUGUUUGACCCUAAGUUAAUUUUACACCGGAAUAUCCCUUCAACAAGUUACACUACCAUCCAGCUGAAUAUCAGCACAGAAAACGGCCAAAUAUAAUCAUAGCCUUGCUGAUAUUCAAUUCAACAGCACAAGCUCCAGUGUGAGAUUAGCUCAGAACAACAUUUCAAUUAGCACCAGAUCGAAGCAUUACGUUGGGAACAACCAAAGUGGAGCGGUAAAUGCAGCAGGAGGUCGCUAGUAGUGCCUCUUGUCCAAUCAGAUCACAUAGUCAGAAAUAAAUCUUGUACGGUUCUUUGAAUUUGAUUUCCCCUGACUCCUUUCGAACUUGCCAAACUCUUUCACUUGGUGUUUACCCACUUUCUGGUUUUUGCCAGUUUGUUUUGCAGCUGAGUGUACAGCACCCAUGGGAGCACCCCGGGGUCCCCUAGCUAUUAAAGUCUGAUGUGCAUCAUCAUCUGUCGUUUUCAGCCUGACCCUCUGUAUGGAUGCACUGGCCCCUUCAGGCUGCACUCUCUGCUUGGACUCAUAGUGCUCUAUGAGAGUGUGUGUGUGUUUAUGUGCGUGCGUGCGUGUGUGUGCGCGUGGCUGUUGAAAAACAUUUUAGACAUUUGCUUGCUCAUGAUGUCUGUGUACACGCUUUUGUGUGUGCUUGCUCAUGUGUGCGUCUGUAUUGUAAAUGCGUGACACAAUAUGGUGCGUGAUUGAGUGUGUGUAUCUGUGUUACACAACACCUCAGUGAGUUUCCUCUGGCCCCAUCUGUGCGUCCCCACUCUUUUUGAACAUUUGGAUGGAUGUACGUUCUCUCGGGAGAAAAAUAAAGCACUCUGGAUGAAAUAGACCUAAAAAUGUGGCACAAGCCGAUUCUGGGGAGACGUGUCAAAAACAGGACACAAAUUUAAAGGGUUGGAAAGAGAAAAUAAGGCAUGUGCUACAGACUUGUGAAAAGAUUUGAGUUGUACAAUUAAUAGUAAGCUGUGGGGAGUAUUUGUUGGAGUUUUUAAAUACAGUGCAGGCAUUUUAAAUGUGUAUUUUCUUGUAUCGUAGGCGAGUGUCAAGAUGUAGUUUGAUAAAGUGUUCAAUCUGGAAUUAAAAGUCAAAUGUUACUUAGCUUUCACAGCCAAAUCCAGGAAUCUAGUUAGAAAAUCUCUUAUCUUGUUUUAUUCUCAGAAAGUCCGGAUUAUUAAUAAAUCUCCAUGGCAGUUAUCAAAAAACACAGCAGCAGCCUGGACAGUCUAGGAAUCAGCACUGAUCCAUUUAAGGAAUAGAAAUGUGAGAAGGUUAAUCUUAGAGGUGAGAGACAGGCCUCUUUAAGGAGUCUUAUCAGCAGCUGUCAGCCUGUAUCUCUGGAGAUUCUCACAGCUGCACCUGCACUGACACAACAUCUCAAUACUCAGACUGUUUACUGUUGUCUUAAACCAAUCCUGGAUUAGUGUGUUAACAGUUGGUAGUUCUGCUUGGACAUUGGAGAGUUAUCGGUGUUUGAUGUAAGUUACAAAUAACAUGGCUCCCUUACUCGACUCUAACUUUUCCAAUUUGACUCACUACUUCAUGACUUCAGGUCUGACAUUACUCAUGCUUUUUACUUUCAAGGACCUUGGAUAUUUGUAUUGUAGCGUAACGUAACGUGGCAUAGCGUAACAUAACGUGAAAUAAUCUUGUAUCGUAUGGCAUCUUAUAGUAUUGUACCAUAAUGUAUCGUAUCAUUUCGUAUCGUAUCAUAUUGUAUUGUAACGCAUCGUAUUGAUUUGUAUCGUACUGCAUCAUAUCUAGUCAUACUGUAUUGUAUCUUAUCCCCAUACUCUUGCUAGGAUAUUGGGUAUUCUUUAGUUCAUCACAAAAAGUGAACAUUUGUUACAUAAUUAUGUCGGAAUUUGUAAAUAUAAUAAUUAUAAAAAAUUGUUGUAAUGUUAUAUAUUCAGGUGUCGUAUUUAGGGGUGUCCUGAUACUACUUCUGAUACGAUACUGAUAUUAUAGUGUUCAAUUUUAGCCGAUACCGAUAUUGACCCGAUAUUGGCACAAACUUGUGCAAAAUUUUGCACUCAGCUGCAACAUCUUUUUCAGACUUGAAUGAAAAAUACUGCCACACAGCUGACAUCACUCCGACUUCUUGGUACUUUGUUAGUACCUUAGUACACACUGUUGUUGUGAUCACAUGAGCUAUGCAUGCUAGCUAGCCAGAGGCGCUAGGGCAGAGUCUGGAAUGGACUGCUUGUAUCAGAGAUUUUAAUUGUAGGCCAAUAUAAUCGAUAUAUAUAUAUUUUUUUUGCAAUAUCAAUAUCGUAUCGGGACAUCCCCACUCAUAUUGUAUCAUAUAGAAUAAUAUUGUGUUGUGUAUUGUAUGGUAUUGCAAUAAAUUGUACUGAAUCAACUUACUCUUUGUUACCGCCCCAGCCUAGAUGUAAUAAGCAGUCUAGGAUGCCAACAAGACUUAUCUAUAGCUCACAAAUAGACUCUGGCUCUUUCUUCAUGCAGCAUCUUGACCUUAAGGUGUCAAAGUCUCUUCUGGCAGGAGCAUUUCAUGGCUGAACUGAGAGGGUACCCAAUUAGCAGAUCCAAAAAAAGAUGCUUUCAAAAAGCAAUAUUUUUAGUCUUUAUCUUCUCCACAUUGUACAUUGAGUUAUCUCUUACUUGACAAGUAACCCCAUAAAAAACAUUGCGUAUUCAAAGGCUAGGGGCUCGAAGUUUGGUUAUUUUUUAGUGAAAUAUCCUGUAAUUCAUGAUUAUCUUCUCUAUCACAUAAUUACAGCAUGAACAUUUUAGACAGAUGCUCAAAACUUUGUCAAACUUCAAACUUCAAUUUUUCGCAUACUCUCCGGUAAGAGUGCAUUAGACCCAUUCUCUCUCCAGUGAUUCAUGCUUAAUUUUGCUCUGGGAGCAUCUUAUCCCUUGGCUCCCAUUUAGAGUCCACUGAGACCUGGAGCUUGUUUUGGGGGUUUAAUGAACUGGAUGUACUCAUGUUGUUCUGUGGUUUUAGAGUAAAGUGACCCUGAAUGAACAGGGAGACAAAGUGGAGUAAAUGCACCAUUAUCCUUUUUUUUCUGUCAAUCUUCCUACGCCUGAGAGACCCCAGUCAGCUGUGCUGUAUGUUUUCAUGGUUGCGUGUUUUCUGAAGACGGGCUCGUCCUCAGCCUGAGUAGACGGCUUUGUGUUGAACAUUUGCUGCAGGCUUGGUGUGUUGCUAAAAUUUCAUCUCUAACAUAAGACUUGAUUAAAGACGACUGACAGCUGUGGUGCAAGCCAAGAGGACGGCGUUAUUUUUCUAUUUUUUUGUCUCAUAAAGUAAUUUAAGGUUGUUAUGUUGGAUUUAAAGACUUUAUUCAGAUCAUACACAAAUUACCACAACGCUGGAUUUCUUAGGGGAGCAUUCUCAUCUGAGCCAAUUUUAAAAGGAAAUGACUAAUUACGACAGUGACUCAACGUCUCAGCACUUUGUGCAGCGAAGAAGGAAGGACAGCAGAUUUGAUGUUGUGGGGGUUGUGCAGAUUUGGCCCACACAUAACAAGACUUGACUCAGCUAAAAUUUUAAUUGAGGAUGUGCUUUUGAUGAUUAAAAAUCCAUCCACUAAAACAACAAAUAUCUAUUUUUCUGUUAGAAUCUAAGACCCUCAGAUUUUACAUGAAGUUUCAUUUCAUGAUUUUGCCUUUAAGUCUACAACCUUCUCGCUUUACAUUGGUUGUGCCAGUUUUGUAACCUUGUUUUUGCUACCAGAUUUAUGCCCCUUACUAGAGGUUUCACAUCUACUAAAUUUUACUAGCUGCCAAGUUUAAACAAAAAAGACAGUGGUUGACUAUGACUAGUCCUUUCUGCUCAUUAUUUUGGUGACUUUUGGUUCAGACUGAAGAAACCUGAGGCAUCAUUGUGGACCGCUGUUGAGUGUCAUUUCCUCUGCCAGGGAGACUUCAGCCAUUUUUAAUAAUCUUUAAUGAAGCGCCCCAAGUCAAACCUGUUUAGUAAGAGUUGGAGCUGUACAUCAGAUCCCUGGUAAAUACCCUCCUCAAUGGUAUCUGCCAUUUUACCCAGGACUUAUGCUGCAUUCGAGUUACCUCGGAAGUCAGAAGUCCGAGCUAGGAAUGAUGUCACACCCGAGUCACCAACUUUUCAGUUACCAAGUUGUAAGAAAGCAAAAUCAGAGGCGGAAACAAGAUGGCUACAUCUAUGAAAGUUAUUUUAGUGCUUGCCUCGUCCAAAUAUAAGCAAGGACAAGGUAACUUGAAUGCAGCGUUACUGACUGUUGCGUACAGGGCUGACCAAUGGUUCAAAUGGUCGAUUUAGUGGAUGGUGAACCCCUGACUCCUUUCCAACCUAAGCUAUAGUGUCAGAGAUGUCUCUUGAGUUGGUGGAAACCAUAAACAGAGCUGAAAUAAAAAGGAUAUUGGACUUACAAUCAUCAGUUUCACAAAUUAAGUUGAGUGGAUUUGAGGAGGACUGGCUACAGUGUUGGUUUCACUGGUUCCUUAAAAAGGCCACAGCACUUAAAACUGCAGAAUCCAUCAUGUCAUCCAUCCUCCCACUAAAGCACAACACUAGAUCCCAAAGAGAAGCAGCAGAUGAGGAGAGUCAAUACAGCUCUUUAUUUCUCUUCAACAAUGGUUCCUCAGUGACAGCUGAGCUGGAUUCCCUUCAGUCUGACUCAUUUAUUGGCCUGGACGGCCACCCCACUCACUAAUGCUCUCUGUGAUAUAAAAGCUGUCUUUAUCACUUCAGUAAUCAUCUAAUUCACUACCUAAGAGUCAGACUGCCAAGUUCUUCAGUUCAUAUAAUUCUUAUCUUUUCAAAACUGCUGCUUGAGAGCUUCCAUGUGUAUAAGCCCUUUAUAAGAAGUGUAAAAGUUUCGGCUUUAGAAAAUGAGGAUUGAACAAAAGUUUUUCUCUUUGAUGGAACUGAAUUUUUCCCCUCAGAUAAACUUUCCCUCAGCUAUUAGUCUGAUCCUUUACCUCCCACCACAGGAAGUGACACGUGGGUUUUCUUUUUGCCCUUUCAUGGCUUUCUCCUUGAGUAUUUCUCUAAUCACUGCAGUAAUUCCUGUCUGAUUAAACCGAGGGAUCUGAUGUGCUGACCCAUCGUUUAACAAUGAAUCCCAACGGAGACGGAGAUCUCUUUCCACGCUGAAAAAAACCCCACAACCUCGUACGCACAUGCACGCACAAAUGCAUCUAUGACAUCAUCUGCCAGUGUGUCAGCGUAAGUCUAUAAAUAGAGGUGGUCCACGAUGACGUUACAGCCUAACAAAGCCCUCACUUGUGAAUAACAUAAGGAUGAAAAGAGGCCAUGUCACUGCUGCUUAGCAUGAUGAGCAGCCAGCCAGUCGUGAAAUAAUUCUGCCGCAUGCUCAUUAAAGAAACACCUGAUGUUACAAGCAGCUGCCGUGAAAAAAAAAGUACGAGCUGAUCAUGAUCAGAGAAUCACCGUUAGACCAAAUGUGUAAUCUUACGGCAUUUGAUGAAUAUUAUAUUAGAGAACAGAGGCAACUUUUCUCUUAAGUCAACCUUUUCUUCAACAUUUGCAGUCAGAUAAGAGCUUUUUUAACGAUGAAUGUCCACACUUGAGAUUGAACCAAAGGUCACAGCCAUCUUUUCCACAUUGAGCUCUUGAGACGGGGAAUAAAAGCACGAAUGAGUCAUGAACAACAAGAGCGUUCAUGACAAGGGUGGACGGCAUAAUAUGUCCAAACAUGUAUUUGUGGACGGAGCUUUGAAGCGGCUGUAAAUACUCAAUUCUUAUCAUAAUGGAUUAACACUCUGCAGCAAAAUAUAUCAAGGAAAAUACGCCUUUGGAUAAUUUCACAAAGCAAACAAGACCCUGAUUGAUGAUCCGUAUAUCAUGAUUUUUAAUGCCAAAAACCAGUGCAAGAAGGUAGACGUCAGCCGAGCAGCUGAAGAAACAGCCGAAGCAAGAACCGCUUUGUCCAAAGGGUUUGCAAAACUAUGACACAGCUACUGGGAUAAUUAAAAUAUAUUUCCAGGGCCUCAAGAGUAGCUGGACCUUCUAGUCAGGUCUAAUUGAAUAAGUAGCCUCAGCAGUGACAGUGGCUUUGGGAUUGGUUUACAAUGUGGACUGUUAGCUGCACAACGACACACAUUACAACUUAAUCACGGCUCAGUAACUUCUUGUUGGUACCUUAUUAACAUCUAUUAUCUCUAACAUGAUUUGCAUAGUAGAAGUAAGUACACACUGGGGUAAGGGUUAGCUGGUUACUGAGUUGUCUUCUUUAGCUGCUGCUUCUUCUCUGUAUUCCCUUAGGUGGCAACCAACGAGAAAAACAAUGACUAAUCCCCUAUUAUGAACCAGUUAGUUACACUCUAGGAUUAUUUUAUUGUAGCAGCUCUAUAGACAUUUUUUCGACAAGUAGAAUCGGCUAAUGUUAGCGUGUCAUAGAUUCAACAAAAAUAUAUCCACAAAUGGAUACCCUCUGAAUAUUUGCUAAACGUCCUUUUAAAUUCUAACAUAAUUAAAAUAGAAAUAAUAAAAGAUGUUUUUUUUUUACACUUUCUUUGAUCUAAUUAGGAAAUCAGAGAACUUACUGUAGAUGCUAAUGAAUUGAACGUGCCUCUCACCAUUACUGCACGCCGAGUCGUCUCUCAUUUAUUUGGGACCUGCUUCAUCGCCAGAGUCCACAUGAGCAGAGAUAACCGCAGAGCUCAUAUAUCAGUUGCUUUCACUGUGUGUGUGUCUUUUUGUGCGUCUACACAUGUCUGUGUAAAUGAGUGUGUAGAGGGUCUGGGUCCAUGGUUGUGGAUUUAGACAUCAGGAGCUUGGCAUGAUGAUUACAGAGGUCUGAAGCCACCAAGAACCGCAAGAUUCUCUUGCUUUCUUCUCUUUGUUUCUCUCUCUCUUUCUCUCCUGCUAAUUUGCAUAAAUGAAAUUAGCAGGUUUCACUCGAUCACCCAACACUCACUUAUUAGAUAUUUUCCACUCUAGAGUUCCCACUUAUCACUACAAACGGGCUGGUAUUCUUCCAGUUGAACUCAUUUCACAUGGAUUGAUGGAGCCAAAGUUUCAGAAUGGUUUUCUUUCUGCGUCAGUUCCACUCACAACCAGAACAGGAGUUCAAAACUCCCACAGACUGAACGGAGGGUGCUGAAACUUCUACACUUGCCCGUUAUUUCUUGCAGCAGAUCUGGAAAUUUUAGGAUAUCCCAUUUUUAUGCUGUCUGCUGCUGCCAGCUCUCUCUCUCACAUCUAAUGAUUACCUUAUGUUGAAGGGGAAAUAGCCGGCAGGGUUACCACAGCCAUGCUGGGACAGACAGACUGCACUACAAGCAUUUUUACAGCCUUUGACAGUCCCAUUGACCUGAGAGUGGGAUUUAGACUGCUAAUGAACUGGAAGAAAAGAGCCUAUAGUGUACUUUGAUGGGUCAUCUGUUGGUUUACAUCAUGAUUUUUUGCAGAACUGGUUUGGAUAGAGAGAAGUGGCUGAGCACUAGUUUAAAGGUUUGCCAACAGCCUGAUUAAACAACAGCAACAAGAUUUCUUUCCACUUUGUUUUGACUGAUUUAAUGAGCUGUGAAACAUUCUCAGUAGCCAUGUUUUUUGAUCAGAUAAAAAAUUUGAGGGAUCGGAUAAUCUGAAUCCACUGUUUUCCCCCUGUUAAAUGUUGUCACUAGAUGGCGCCCUUGUGUACUUACUUUACUGUUCUGUCAAAGGUUGCUCUUUGCGUGCAGAUGUGACAUCAUUAUGCUGUAUGAACGCCUUAUUCUGUUACCAGAGGAGCAGACAACAGCACCUGCGUUUGUGUGUCUGUGUUGUGAGUGUUGAUAAUCAAACCUCCUGUACUGACCUCAAUAAAUAAACCAAAGGCUAAAGAGUGAAGAUUGAGUCAGGUAAGAAAGUCAUGACCAGAAUAUAUGUCUACAUGGACGCGUUUCGGAAUAAUGAUCGGCAUAAACCACCCCUCUUGAUCGGAAUACAGUUUCUUUCCGAUUGAGCCGAAUUGGAUCAGAAUCCUCCGAUCAACAUGUUUACAUGAUGCAUUUUUAUUCCGAUUAUUUGUGCCCAUGUAAAUGCAGCUAGUGUUUGGGGAUUCAUAAUAGACUGUUGGUUUUAUGAGGGGUUGUGGUUUCUUUGUGGAAGUCUUAUUUGAGUGUAUAGUUUUCGAUGCUGUGGAGGACAUAUAGAUCACUGCAGACGUAUUUUAAAUUAUAGGCAGUAAGGAUGUCAGCUGGCUCUGCACUUUGAUUCAUCCCAGGAAAGCAUUUUUCUAGAAGUUGUUGGAAAACCCUGUAACUGCACAUCUGUAUUACUAUGGCAGAAAUUAGAAUGAAAUGUAUCUUAACUUGAAGAUUUCUCCAAAUUUACCAAAUUUGGAGCGUUUUCAUAAAUGUAAAAAGCCAGGCAAUGAUAAAUGUCAAACACUGGUAGUAAUAGAUGGCUGUAUACCAAGGAGUCUGAUUCUGUCUGAGGUUUCUGUCGGGUUAAAGGAAUUUUUGUUGCUGUUACCAAGCAGCUGAUCUUGAUGGAUCAAUAUGAGAUAUUUGACUGACAAUGAGAUAAAUUCACUUGAUAAGAUCUGAGUUUUUGUCAGAGUGUCAGAGUUGACAGAGUCAUUAAAUGAUCAAAAUGACAGUUCGAAUCUCUAAAGGAAGGUACCCUGAAAAUUGUUUAUAAAAUGCAUACAGUUUGUGUUUAUAAUUCUCAGACUAUCACUCAUACCUUUUACUAGAUCCACUCACUUUGCUCACUGAGCCCAGUAGGUCAUCAUCUCUGAAUUUGUACAAACGCUUGGAAAUUCCUUAUGUGAAUUGGAAGCAGAUUGAAGUUUUAUGCGUCAUUGUUAAACUUGUACAUGUCUGCAAUUAAAACAGAGAUCAGAAUAAUUUAAAGUAGGCCACCUCCCUCCAAUAACAGGUCAGGUUCAGUGGAAAUAUUUGUGCGGCUGCCAUCAUUUCAGUCUGGGAAGUCUGACUGGAAAAAAAGACGCAAUCAGAUCAUCUUUGUUCCACAUUUCUGUAAUGACGUGUCCUUACUGUCUGAAUAACUCCUGGACUUAUGUAAUGUUUUUAAAAAGGGUUACUUGUCAAAAAUGAACUCCAGAUCUAAAAAUUUAACCUCACACAGCUGUAAAAGUAGGAAAAACAUUGAGAACCACCGUUGCCCUGGUGGAUCAUCCAAAAGAUGACAGAUACAUGUAUUUGAAAAAUCACUUUCCUAUGGUUUAGGUAUUCCCCCGGUUGCAAAAUCAAAAGUAAAACAUUUCUGGGAUGUCUGAGUGGAGCUCUUUGUGUUUACAAAAAUGUGCAUCCUCAUGGUUGGAUUAGGUUUGUGCAGUUGAGUGAUGUGAGGAGUUAUGUCUUUCCUGCACAUGCCCCAGGUUGGAUGUGUAGGCCGGAGCUGCAGCGGCGGCAGCAGCAGGAGGGAACAAAAACGAAGAGGACAUCUCCUCUCUCACUCACUCUCUUUGUCUCCGUCUCUCGCACUUUCUGUGUGCACAUGUGACAUGUUCUGUGUGCAAGGCGCAGGGGAGGAUGAGUGCCGCGUAGCGCUCCGGUGAGGUCAUCAGACUGUGGCUAGCAGCACCACAUCACACUGUUUUCUCUUCUUCGUUCCCCACCAGCUCAUCGGUGCAGGCGGGACCGCUGAAGCUCUGCUGUACUGUUGGCAGAAAAGAGGUUUUGUUAAGGGAAUAAAUAGAACCAUUUUUCAACUUACAGUCAGUUACAAUGGUUGUUUUUAAGGGUUACAGUGUCCCUGACGUUAGCUGAAUCAGUCAGAAUCAUUCACGAAGAAAUACAAAUGCAUCACAUAAGAGCUACAUUUCCAAAUCUCUGUGAAAGUAGACUCCUUUUAAUCGUGUUUUAUAACCACAAACACACAAGCUGGCGUGUCUCCUCUCCCUGACCUCCUUUCUCACCUCACCUCCUUUCUUCUUCCCCUCCAUUUACCCCUUUUACCUCUUCCCCUCCUCCCUCCUCCUCCUCCUCUCAUCCUUUUAUCUUUUAUCAUCUUCCCACUCUCUAGUUCUUUCUCCUUCACUGUGCACCGCUGCCCUGCAGGCAUCCCUUUAGUGUUGGCUGGCAUGCUGAUGAGUUUUUUGCUCCCCCUGUUAUAUAACUAUAUUUAGCAUGUUUGAGUCACACAUUAGGCCAUAGGUCAUACUACGAAGUGACGGCUUACAUUAAUGUGCACCCCAAGGCUGACCGUGCACCCUUAGUCGAUGUGUGAUACACAGCUUUUUUUUUUUCUUUUUUUGGGUUGUGUGAAUUUGCCUCGCAUGAGUGAACAAGCGCACGUGCCGGUCUAGGCCUCAUGACCAUCUGCCUCAUGGGGGGCAAAUAUAGGCUGCAUGUUUUUGUAUGUAUGUGUAAGGAUGAAAAAAAGAGGUCGUUUACAGGGUGUGCUGUCACGCGAGAGGAAUCUGCGCAGAUAUCCAUUUAUACUGGUGUGUGUGUGUGUGUUGGGUUUUAAAUGCACAUUCCAGUGUUUCAGUGUAUUUGAUUGUAUGUGUUUGUGUAGUGGGAGGGUCUAGCUGUGUCUUCCCAGCUUUGUGAGAGGAUGGAGAGUGGAGGUGGUGAAAGAUCUGAGUGAAGGAGGCCAUUUAAAGGGGUAUUCCGGGGUAAAAUUAAUUUUGGGUCAAACACACCGUAACACUGAGUUAGACACCCCCUUGAAAGAUGAAUGUGGCCGACCGCCUGCUUCUCUAGUUAUACAAACCGCAGAAAGCAAUAUGUAGAGCCACGCACUAAACCCAAAAGCCACUCUAUAGCCACAAAUAAUGCUCAGAACAGCACCUAACUUCAUCAACAGUACAUGUAGGGUCACAGCCACAGCACUAGCCAUCAAACAUCUUAUAACUUUGACUAAUUUCUUUAGCAAAGAGACUAAACACAACUCACCUCGGGCCAGUCCAUUACGGACUACAGCGGGGUGACGCAGCUCAAGGAAGAACAUUUGUGAUCAUUUCUUUAUCUUUAUAUUUCUUGAAGUAAUAAUCAUCACAAUAAUCAUUUUGCACUGCAGACGCGGUAGCUCUUCUGCCUUAGCGUCUCGGUCUGAUUGCAUUUCCAUCAAUAAAUGAUCAUAAAUGAUGAAAAAUAAAAUAACUUUAAUUUACACUGGAUUAUCCCUUUAAGACCUUUCUGACAGCCCCAUUUCUGUAACUCAGCAGUGACCAGCGUCAAUGAAAGAAUCUGUGUUAAAAAAAAAAUGUUGUUUUUGAAGAAAGAAGCUGUUAAAACUAUAAACAUGCUGCUCAGACACUCUUUGUUGACAUUUUCUGAUAGCCUGUAUGAAUGUUAAAGAAAGGUGGAUGAUUUUUCUUUAGAUCUCAAGUGAACAGUAUACUCUAAACUUUUCCUCUCGAAUUUUCAGUUUUAAUUUAAUGCCCAUGUUGUCCGUUUUAAAAAGAUUUAAAUAAAUUAACUGAAAGGUCAGUGUCACUUUAGAUAACACAUCACACCGCUGGAGAGAAAACCCUAAUGGGGCCAACCAGACGAGCUUGCUUUCCACAGAAAUCUUUAACUUGUAUCAGGAAAUAAGGAACAAUGAAAUCGAUCUUUAAUGAUGAGGAAAAAUGUUUUAGGUUUGAUGAAUUAUGUCAAACCUGAAAUCUUCCUUUCAGUCCAUUUUCUUCCACUUAUCUUGAGUUGAAUCAUGGAUGAAGUCCCAAACAUCCUUCUCCACAGGGUGUUCCCAUGCCAGAUGGGACGUAUAAUCCCUUCAUUGUGUUCUUGGUCUACCCCGGGGUCUCUCAGCUUGAAAUGCCCCAAAAACCCUCAAGAAAAGGCAUCCAGGAAGUAUCUUUAUCAGAUGGCCAAACCACCUCAAAUGACUCCUUUACAUGCAAAAAAGUAGUGGUUGUACUUCUUCACUUCCUACCCAAGCUUUGGAUCCUGUAUCCAGCCAACCUGUGCAGGACUCCUUUCAGCCGCCUAUAUAUCCACAAUAUCAUUAUUUUAGUCCCUACCUGAAGCUCAUGAACAGAAAUGAGGGCUGGAACAAAGACUGACUGGUAAAUUAUCAUUUCUCAUUUUAGCUUCACUCAUGAAUGAGACCUUAAGGUACUUAGACUCUUUCACCUGGGGCAAAGACUCAGACUAGAAGGGACCGAUCAACACAUUUAUGGACAGAGUCUUGCUUCAUAAUUUCCAUAUUGUGCAGUUAUUGUCACGAAAACCCUCUAAAUGUGUUUUUAUUUUGUGUACUUAUCUGUGUGUAUGCUUGUCCUGGUAAAAUCAACCAUUCUCCAAGUUAAAAUAAGCUUUUGUGGCAUAGAGACGACUCUUACAUCUCAGAGAAUAUUCACAUUUAGGGCUGGGCGAUAUGGCGUCAAAUCAAUGUCACAAUAUAUUGAUCAGUUCACCUUAAUAGCGAUAAAUGGACGAUAACUACUCCACAAGCUGCUCACCCCCUCCAACAUUAACUUCGUCUACUUCAGCCGCCGCACAUACACAUUUUGUUAUCCUCCAUCUCCUCUCCUGUCUUUCCCUCUUUUUUACGAACUGGAUGGGGUGGAGUCACGUCUCUGACGUAUGACAGCGUCUUAAAGGGACAUGAGACCAUAGCCUACCUACACACCUCCAAAACCAACUUUUAUUUAUCUAUUUUUUUGACACAGAAUAUAUUGACAUGAGCGAAAUGACGUUAGUUAUUGCUGUGAAUUUCUUUAUCAUUAAACUUUCGGUUUAUCACCCAGCCCUAUCCACAUUUCUUGUUUGCGUCUGUAUAAAAUUGACAUUGCCACACAGUCUUAUCUCAGUGUUUUUAUUAUUUUGAUGCCUGUUGUGCCAAAGGGACGGCUGUUAAGCAAACACAGAAAUAUGAGUCUGAACGUGAUGUGAUCAUACUUCCUUUCCAAAGCCCUGACGCUGCAGUUUGUCAUGAAGCUUGGAGGCACACUGCUGCAUGGUGGACAUGCAGGAGUCUGUGUAUGUGAGUGUGUGUGUUUGUGAGUCUGUUACAGUGCGUUUUGGCUUCACCAAUAAAACAAUAAAAGGAGAAAAGUUCAUUAACUCACAGUAGCAAUAAUUGUUGUCCACAAACACAGAGGCUUUCAUGUGUUUUCAGGCUGUCACAUGUGUUUUUGUCUUUUAUGCACAUUAGAGUGAGUCAUCAGAUGCACAGACACAUGUUGUGUGAUUUCAUGUGUUUUUUGUUGACCCUGUGAUUAAGUGCAGCUUUACAGUCUGGAAAAUAAGACCAAAAGAAGACAGAAAGGGCCAGCAGGCAAAUGUGAGAACAGUCUCCCUUAACGGCAACAGCGACCUGCUUUACAUAUUGAAUCAGAGCAAAACUGCCGAUUUAGAAAUUCUCUGGUUGACUGCGGCUGCAUUUAUGUAUAAAUUCUUAAUAAGCAUCUGAUUUUAUUCCUCCAAAGAUGCAGUUUUACCACAGAACUGUUAGUUCCACUUUGCUCUCUAUUAAAAGUGUUAAAUCUGGACUCAGAAAAAAAGCUGUUCUGGAUUUUGAUUAAAUGUUCAGAUGUGGAUAAAUCAGACCAAAUAGACUUAUAUAUAAAUCAUGCUCUUCUUUUGGAUUAGUCAGAGCCUCGCUGCGCUUAAAUCUGCUCAUGAGAAGUUGCACUUGAGUAUCCCUAAUCUGCCUCCUCUGCUCUGCUUCUCUUCACUCCUCUACUGCAGAUGUCAGAAAAGGCCCCGGGGAGUGGGAGCUGUGUGUGUGUGUGUGUGUGUGUGUGUGUGUGUGUGUGUGUGUGUGUGUGUGUGUGUGUGUGUGUGUGUGUGUGUGUGUGUGUGUGUGUGUGUGUGUGAAGAAACUGUUUCAUCAAAUAGACAAUUUGGGUUUAAUUGAUUAACAUUGAAAUGAUAAAUCUAUCCUCCAAUAAGUUCUGAAAUCUGAAACAAAUAUUCAGCCAAUCAGACUUAAGCAGGUCAAAAAAGGAGCUUGCCAGAAAGUACUGCAUCACCCAGAAAAGAGUCUUAAUGUUCUCGUUGUGUUUGCAUUAAGAGUGUAAAAGUGCAUGCAUGUGAGUGUGGGAACGUGUGUUUAGGGCCUUAUCUUCACACCCUUCUAGAGGUUGUGCUUUUGCUUUGUGUAAAUGUGGAAGAUAUAGUUAAAGGAAGGAUGAAAAAAGAAAAAGAGGAAGGGGAAGUGAGAAAAAACUAAAGCUGAGAGUAUGUGCAUGCAGAUUGUGUGUGUUGUAUUUUUCUCUGGAGCUUCUCACCAAGGCGACAGAUCGAUAAGUGACCCUUUGACCUUUGUCGAGCUGCCAAACUUGACACAUAUGUAGAGCUCUGCUUAGACCUGCGAUUUUUUUUAGCUUAGUUCGUACAGGAAGACGACAGGGAUGUAUACUUGGAUCUUUGUCACAUAGUUUAGCUGGAUUUAAACAAGUCUUACUGAGAGGCACUUCUCCCAAGAGGGUCCUGGACUGUUUUGAAUCCUCUCCAGUCCACUCAGAGAACAAUCAGCUGUUGUUUCGAUGAUGGCUUUUCAGCAUUUUUUCAAUUAAAGUGGCAAUGUCGACAAAAUCUGCGUGAACUUCCUGGAUAGUGCAAGUUUUUCUGCAGGCUUUCUUUGAAACAAGUGGGCUGAGUUUAUUUUCUGAUCAGGACCUUAAGUCAAAGGGCUGAGUAUCUCCUCCAAAAACACAAUACAGUGUCAGGAAAGAGAGCGAGAGAGAGAGAGAGAGCAGGUUUGAUAUUGAGGAAAAAGAGAGGAGAAAAUGCCUGCUUGCAUGUGUCCAAAGUAAACGCCUGAAUCAUGUUUGUGUCAGAGAGAGAAAAAGAGAGAAAGUCAAGAAAGCAGCAAAGAGAGUGACUCCAUAUGACUCGCACAUGGCCGUGGACGUCUGCUCUGCUCACUUGUUAUCCUGACAGACUGAAGACAUUAAAACUUGGAGGAAGUUAGUGCAACUGAGACAGAGGGGGAGGAAAAGGAGGGAGGAGAGAGAGAGAGAGAGAGAGAGAGAGGGAGGGUUGAAAGAGGGGGACAGAGUGACUGAGUCAGGAGAAAGGGGAAGUCUUCAUGAAGAAAAAAGGGAAGAGAAGCAAAGAGAGGAGAGAAGGAGAGAGAGGUUACAUGUGGCUAUCUGAGGUAGCCGUGGAGUAAUGGAGCGAGACAGAAUAGCCGGUGAGUUCUGAUUUAUUUCAAGAUUUCUAGAAAGUUUCCCUCGUGAGGAAAACUUUCUAUCUUCUCUUUUCUUUUUUUUUUCUGAUUCUUAAAAGUGGCAGCAGCUUGGUAGAAACCACCCUGGUUGUGUUUGCUUUGCUUGGUCAGCUAAGGUGAAAGCAGCCUUUUGGAGGCUGUCUCACUCUCUGUUAGUGUGUGAAAUUUUCUCCUCUUAUUCACAUCGAAAAAAUGAGCACAGCACUUUAGGAAGAGCAAACAUCCAGUCUGAAUAACUUCCAUAUGAGGAGCAGCAGUGAGUUAACUGUAUGAUGGGCUGUUAAUAGAUGACUUUGAAUCAGGAAAUGCAAUCUUUCAGUGCUACUGUGCUCUUACUGGAAGGACUUAUCUGACCCACAUACUUAGGAAUGAUCUGACAAUUGAUGCACCAAGUUAAAUCUUCACGUCUUCAUCACAUGAUUGGAGGAAUAGAGUUGUCAGAUUAACUCUGACCGAUGCCGAUGGUUUAUUUAAAGUUGUAGGAAGCAGAGGCAGGGCUCACACACAUCAGCCAAUAUGAUUUGGUUUUUCACAGACUGUGGAUUUGAUGGAGGAAUUCUGAGCAUUCACCAGAGUCCGUCUGUGGAGUAGUCAUGCUUCUCUUUUACUCGGUAGCUGUUUCCUUUUUGUUCCUUUAAUCAGCUGGAUUGAUUUGUAUGUGUGCUUAGCUUUGUUUAUAGUGCUAAUGGAGAUUCAGUUGAACUCCUGUUUAGACGCACAUGUGUUCAAUCUGGAUUGAGAGGAUGAGACUAAUCCGGCAUCUUACAGUGAUUACGGCUGGACAUCCAACUGAGAGACACUCUGCAAAUUAGCCUUUAAUUUGAUCCUCAAUAACAGGGCUGAGUUCAGUGAGCCGAAUGAUGCAUGAUGACAACCUGCAGUGUUUAUUCUACGUCCACUUGGUGGCAGUGUUGCAGUGUGACUUUAUCCUCACUGUGCAGCUUCUAUUUCCCCAAGAUUUGUGAAAUGUUUCAUGGAUAUGAUUCAUAUUUUAAUAUUAGGUGCACAGAGACUGAGUCCAGCCUGCAAAGAGAUUGUUUUGUGCAGAGGGAAGGUCUCACUAAGAAACACUUCAACCCUCACACCAAUUGAGGAAGUCAUGCCCAGGCUGAGCAGCUUCCUUGUUUUCAACCAGGAUUAUGUAGCUCUGUUUGGACCUGUUGUCAUGACUACAGCAAUCGUCCCCAAACCCACCCACCCCUGGUCCCCUUCAGGGUUAGUUUUCGCAAUAAGAUAGAUACUGAAACUUAAUAUUUGUGCAUCCUCCACACCUCCAUCUUGGCCUGGAGUGCCUCCUACCGUCCCCCUUUUUCAGGCCUGUUCAGGAUUAAAAAGAUAUCCUCCGCCUGACAUGUCGUCUAAACCAACCGGUUCGUAUGGUCACCACAUUGGCGUAUUGUAAAAACUAAUUGGUGGCACACCGUCAUCAAAAACGACACAUGGAGAAGACAAACAAAAGAUUCAGUCUAGAAAGUAGAAAAACAUUUGCAUCAUGUUGUUUAAUGUUGUUCCAGUUCAACAGUCAGAGUUAUAAAUCUCUUAUCUGUUGAGAUGAUGCAAAUGACAUCCAAGUGAAAUCAAUUAAAGCAGUCAUUGAAAGAUUACAGAUUUACAAACAGGAGAUUACAACACACUUGGAUUUCCUCCUAUUUUUUUUGUAAGAGAAAUGAGGAGAUUUUUUCAAAUGUUACUGAAGGAGUUAAGAGUGUUUUUUUAUAUCCAUGGAUGUAUUUAAAGCUCCUGUGUGGAGUUUCUUUACAGUUAUGAAAUAGACUGAAAUUCAUAUCAAUGUCUUUUCAUGAUAUCCAAAAACAAGAUUGAUGAUUUUUAUAUUCUAAGUUUUGGCGCCUGAAACCAAAGUUCCCAAUUAUUGGUACAUUUUUCUGUCAAAAGUCUUGAAUGUAUUCCUGUGGCAGCAUUUUUACCCUGACUCCAUCCUCUCCAAGUAUUCUAGUGCGUAGGGUGACCAUAUUCUGAAUCCCCAAAAAGAGGACACAACUACGUGGGGGAGGAGUCACAAGGUCUCUCAUUUUUAAUUCUGAGAGUUUUUCGGGUUGGAUCAAGUGUUUUUUACACGUUUCUAACUCAGUAAGUCCAUGCGACACAAACUCAAAACUUCCAUACAAAACCACAGACAUUUGAAGGAUUUUAUAAACUCUCCCUGACAAAGCCAGACAGCCCCCCAAAAAGAGGACAUGUCCGGGUAAAAACAGACGUAUGGUCACCCUACUUUUGCUAUAUUUGAUGGAUAAAACCAGCUGCUUUUCGAACAAGACUCAGUGGUCACUGUCAGCUUAGUCAAAACAGCUAAUGUUAGCCAGUAUCAAAUCCCUCAAUGAGCUAACUUUAUUGAUAUUAGCACUUGUCAUCAGACAGUAAUGUUAGCUACAAAGUCAUUGAAUGCUUAUGUUGGCAAUCGCCAUAGGAUGUCAAUCAUUAUCAUGAAAAAACUGGCCAACGUCCCUUAGAAAUGUUUGAAAUAAAUCAGUUCACUUCUCUUUCUCAGCUAACAUCACUAUUAGCUUGCUAACCUUACUACUACUAGAAUUUUACAUGUAACUCUUUUAUGGUAACGUUAGCUAGGCAGCUGUUGAAUGCCAAUUUGUCCUGCAGCAUCUUUGUGUCUAACACUCAGUGUCCUUCUUUAAAAAAUGAUCAUCUCUUCAUCGCCAACAUUAGCAUUGAAACCAACUGAUAGCUAACAUUACGGUAGCAUGCAAAGUUCCAGUUGCUGUUAGCUUGCUAACAUUGUCAUCAACUGAGAUUUCAGGUGAAAAUAUUAAACAGGAAGUGGUUUUGUGUGAGAGUUACUUGAUUGGUCAGAAAUGUUGUUGUAUCUUGAUGUGGCCCAACACUGAUUUACAGUGACAGUGGCCGGUGUGAUCUUACAGUUUGCUGUCCUGGUUUGAUUCUCUCUUUUCACAUAAAUCUUAUAGGCCUAUUUUAGAAGUACUGAUGUUCCCACCCAAAACCAUGUGUACCCUCACCCUCAAACACACGCGCAGAAAACUUCCAAAACCACACAUGAACUAAGGUUACUGAACUGGAGGAACUGAAGGAAAUAACCCCGCUCAACAUGUUCCAUAAAAGUGUACAGGAUAUCCUCUAUAAGUGAACGCCUCGCAGCUCUCCUCCUACCACCCUCCCAGUAUCUCACCUCAUAUUGUUUCUUUUUAAGAUCAUUAUUUAGUCACGAUAAGAGAAGGAGCCAUGAGCGCAGCCAGCACAGGGAGUUCAGGAAAUUGACAGGGAAGCCCCACCUUCAGACCUCCUGAGGGAGGAUCUCUGACAGGUGAAAUUACUCACCAUGAUGGAAACACGGGUAGAGCCGGGGCUGAUAGAACAGAAAUAGAUGAACCUCACAUGAGAUAGUUGACAACAGCUGUAGCUGCGGUCAGCAAAGUGCGAAGAAGAAACCAGCUGAUAUCGAAAUGUCUACGAACAAACUGAGAGAACUUCAACAACAUUCAUUUCCAUCCCAAGUUUUUCUUUAUAACCCAAUCAACUUUUAGAGCACAUGUGCAGACCUUCAUGUAAAAGAUGUCAUUUGUGAAGGCUAUUAAUUUCCCUGUAUUUCACACAUUAAGACCAACCAUCUCACAAAGUAAAUGUUGCUAAAAUGCUUUCAUGAAACCCUAAUUAUUGCAAAGAUUACUUAAUUUCAAUCAUUUCGAUCAAAUGAUACAAAAAGUCAGUUUGUUUUAUCCCAAAAUUAUAAAAAACUAAUGCUCACUCGUGAGGUUUGCAAGAGUUUUCAAACGGUAAACCAAACCUUAAAGCUCAAUUCUCACUUCUGCAGAUGUGUGAGUUGUUUUCUUUCACAAAGUUAUCGCACACUCCAAUAACCAUGUUACAAAUAGCAUUUAAACUUGGCGUAACAACGUGCACACCGAGGCUCUUUCCAAGUCUCCAAACCAGCAGCAGUACGUCUGCCAGUUUAAAUUGUCCACACAGCUUAAAGACCAAUUUAAAAAAGCUGACUGUGAAAGAGUCAAGGACUUCAGUUUCUCCAAAACACUGUCAUAUUAAUAAAAAAUGACAUGUAUCAUGGGAGCGGAGGCAGGAAUCGAGUAUUUAUGUUCUUUAUGUUGCAGUUUCACUACCAUAUUUAAUGACACACAAUAAUUGUGCAGUGACAACAUAUCAUUAAGGCUCUACUACAAUAAGUGAUGAUAUUUCUGUAAGUUUCAGAGGUGUAGUUUUUUUACUCUUGGUCAAACAGUUCAUCUUGAACAGCUGUCAUCUGGAUAAAUUCUUGAACCACACACGUUUUGGCAGCAGAGGUCACACUCAGAUAAGGAGUUUUGAGAGACUUCCUGCUAAUAAAUGUUUGUCAUUGUGUUAACUUAAUGUUUGUCUUACGUAGACCAAAUAAGAGGCCUUCUAUUUGAGGUGUGCUUCUCCAAAAACUAGUUACCAUUUGCCUGAAUCAUGUAGGGCUGGGCGAUAAACCGAAAAUGUACCGAUAACGAAAAUUACAACAAUAACCAACGUCAUUUUGCCAAUAUUGGUUUAUUCGAUGUCAAAAAAAUAAAAAAAUCUAACUUGGUUUUGGAUGUGUGUAGGUAGGCUUUGGUCACAUGUCCCUUUAAGACACUGUCCUACGUCAGAGACGUGACUCCACCCCAUCCAGUUUGUAACAAAGAGGGAAAGACAGGUGAGGAGAUGGAGGACAGUUCAAAAGCAGCUGGAGCGGCGGCAAAGUUAAUGUGGGAGGGAUUGAGCAGCUUGUGGAGUAGUUAUUGUCCAUGUAUCGUUAUUGAAGUGAACUGCUCAAUAUAUCGCGAUAUAUGUGUAUAUAUAUAUAUAUAUAUAUAUAUAUAUAUAUAUAUAUGUAUAUGUAUAUAUACAUAUUACUGUCUUUUUAUUUUUUUUUCACUUUUAUAAACAAACAAACAAAACAGAUAGUGGAGCACAAAACAAAACCAAAAAAAAUCCCUCCCCAAAAUAACAAAGUGCAAUGCAUUUUAUAUAUCUACAUAUACGUAAGAUUAAAAAAAAAAAAAUUAAUGAAUAAAAAGACGACAGGAGACAGGUAAACGAAGGGCACAAACAAAAAAUAAAUGAAAGGGCAGACAGUCCUCAUCUUUCAGGGGCAGAUCAUUUAUUGUGAUAUUGAUUUGAGACCAUAUCAUCCAGCCCUAGAAUCAUGUAAUCUGACAACCUAAUAAUGGAGAAUACACACUUUCUUGUCCAUAAAUGUUAUUAACCAGGUAUAAAACAGGCCAGAUUCCCUCAGCAGCUCAGUGACACAAGGCUGGAUAACUUCAGUUGAGCAGAUUUAUCCCUCUGUGUGCACAGGCCUCUGUGUUUAUGCUGCUAUUCAAGGAGCAUCGAGACACACAAACACACCCGCGUCUACAGUCACAGUAGAGAAACCACCCCAGCACAUGUAUGCACAUAUUCAUAUGUUAGUCACACUGCAAACACACACACACACACACACACACACACACACACACACACACACACACACACACACACACACACAACUCUCCAGAUGUUGUUUGGGAGCUCUCCCUCGUUCUGUCGCCGAGCCAGCCUUGAGUGUGUAUCCAUGUUUAGAUAAAUACACACUGGCUGGUGGAGGUGUGUAGUUGACACACCGUGUGUUUUGCUUUAAUUGAAUACUACACAGACUUGUGGCAUAUGGUUUACAGUGAAGCCCAGAUGGGCCUGCAUGGGCACCGAGAGGCCACACACUUUGUUACAUAUAGUACAGUACAUACAUACUGUAUAUAAAUAGGUCUACCAUGUAGAUGUACAGUAGCUGUACGCACAGUAACUCAUGCACAUACAGAUCUGCUUUUCAUGCAUGUGCAUUCUUUGUUGAUGUAUUCAUUUACAUACAUGCAUGCCCAAACUAACAUACAUGACACAGCUGUCAGGAUACAUGAUGUAAAUUAUUUCAUGUCUGUUAAAAAGGAUCUAAAGCAUGACCGCACAACACCUGACAAUCCUUCAUCGAACAGUUUAAUUACUGUGUGUUCAUGAAGUUGCAUGCACCGAACUCUGUUCUUUGUUGUGUGGCACCUGAGCAGCAGAUGGAUGAAAUAACCAGACUGCACCAUAAACACACAGUGUAAUUCUGUGUUACACUGACCUCUCAGGUGUUAGGGUUAGGGGCCCCUGGGUGGGCUUGGCAUCCACAGUGCCCCCCAAGAAUAAAGCUUUUCAUUCAAAUGGGUUUUCCCCACUUCUUACGAGCCAUAAAAGUGCCAGGCAUUGGUGCUGUUCCAGUUUAUCUACACAAAGGGUGAAACUUUAAUGUGGUUUUGGUGCAUAUUUGUGAUAGUAGAAAUGAAAACCUCCUGUGGCUCUUACUCGAUUGCUCAGCUGUUUCAAUGUUGAUUAGCAUCUAGAUUUACCGCAUCUAAGGAGGAGUCUUAUGGAUGAUGGGUGAUGGUUUAUAUUUCAUUUCUUCAAGAUUAUUUUGUCAACACCUUUUAAUCAGUGUUUCUGUCAAGCCUUUAAAACCAGUCUGUAAAUAAGUCUUAGCAGCUUCAAAAACAAGAAAUGUUACCAGACUGAUGCAUCAAAAGUUGAGUGUUAGGGCUGUAACGAUAUGCUUUUCUUCUGAUUCGAUUCUUUUACAAUUUUUUGGGUGCCGAUUCAAUUCAAAUUGCAAUUCUACAAGAUUGCAGAUUCUCUCAAUUUUUAGCCUGUAUUUCUAACACCAGUGAAACAGUUGAAUGAUUAUGAUUGUCUACUGGCUAUUUCAGCAACCAUAUUUCCCCCAAAAAUACACAUCAACUGAUGAUCAACAUUUGUGAUUCAGAGAGAGUCGAGCUCCGACGAGCACCGCGUCUGUUUCUGAUGCCGGCACAACACCAGCAGCAACCUACACCUGCUAAGGCACCAACACCUUAUGGCAUAUAGAUUCAUACUAUAAACUAAAGCCAUAUGAUAUUGCUGUAAACAGCUGCAUUGAGGGAUUUAGCCUCUGCACAGACAUUUCCAGCCAUUUCCCUCUCCUCAAAAACAGUGAUUCCCUACAAGUCCGCCUGGUUCUUUCUGCAGAAAAGAUGCAUUUCUUGCAUGUGUCCUGAUACUUAUGAUAAUAUGAUGCUGAAACGCCAAAGGAUUUAUCUACUUGCUUGUGAAACCUAUCUACUGAAUUAAUUUCAUCUAAAUUCAAUUCAUCUAAAUGCUCCACAGCGCUCAUUUAAACAACUAACAACAUGUUAGAAUCGCCAUUAGCGACAACGUUAUUGUCGUAAGAAAUGAUUUUAUUACGACUUUAUUCUCGUAAGUAACUAUUUUUCUAAGAUUCUAUUCUCAUAAGUAAUUCCGAGGUCUAAAUUUUUUUCUUUUCUUAAUGUGGCCCUACUGCUCCGUCGUAAAAAUUGAUUUAAAAAUUGUAAAACAAAAAAAUCUUUAUACUUAUGUGAAUCGAUUUUCUCUCCCACCCCUACUGAUUGUUCAUUUGCGUCCACACCAUAGCACUAGAUUACCUGGACAGAUGUGUCCACCAAAGCUUGAAUUCCAGUGUUCAUCCUGAUAAAGUAAGGUCACACAGAGCAGGUCGGUGCACGAAUCUCCCUUUGAUUUCCCAGAGGCGCCUUCGUAUAACCCUAAUGUCAACUUUCUCCAGGAAGUCUUUCAGGCUUCUCUGUCAGCAGCAACUACAGAAGUGAGCGCACUUUAAUUAACAUGCCAGCCCGUUUGUAGAAGCUGUUUACUCAAAACGGAAGCCUCGAAGUCUCACUCGGACUGCGGUCUCUGUGUAGCCGUGACAGAGAGAAACAUGCGGAUGAAAGAGACACAGAGGAGAGGAUCAUGUCUGAUUGCAGGUUAACCUGGUUUAAACGACCGUGUGACAUGUUGUCCACUUUCACUGUCAGGAAAUCAGACCUGAGGGCCACUUUGGCUGAAAAACGCUCCUGGGGAAUGACAGGGUCUGUUGUCUGCGUGAAUGCCUGCGCGUGCAUGUACGAGUGUGUUGGGGGGCAGGGGAAACACACACACUCACACACUUACACACGCACAAAUGCAGGACAUAGGGGAGAAAGGGGGGAGUGUGUUUCUGUGAGGGGAGGAGAAGGGAGGAGGCUCGCCUUUUCGCUCUCUCUCUCUCUGAAGUCUGAAUCCAGCGUGGUAGAGAAGGUAGUGGGGAGUCAGAGGAAAAAAAGUUGCUCCUCUAAAGGGACAGUUGUAGCUCAGAGUCUAUUUUGGAAUUAUUAAGGAUUUGGUUGAAAGCUGAAAGAAAGAGGAGACUGACAUUUUAUGCCUGGAAAAAUGUCUGAUUCUGGAGUCAAUCCACACUUGGAGGGAAUAAUUUCAGAUUUUGAAGGUUUGUCUUUACUGUCUUUACUCUAACUCACAUUUAAACUUUAUCUUUGAUGGCAACAUCUGUCAGAACUGAGUUGUUUGUGAGUAUUUUCUGUAUAUGUACUUUUAAGUGUUUUCACUCCUUUAUGUGAGUACUGUAUUUUUAUUUGUGGGUGUGCUCCUUGUUAAAACAGGGUGGUGGGUAUAUGCUAGCUAAUGCACAUAGUCUGUUAUUGAUUAUAGCCAGCUUACGUCAAUAAUAGGAAUAAACACUGACACUAUGCUACUCCAGCACCGGAAAGCCUCCAGCUGAAAGAACUAAGAGGAGGACAGUGGAAACCUCAACGUUAAGAGCAAACAUCUGUCCAAGUACUCCUACAACAGUUACAACUUUGUCACUCUUUUGUUUGCUGAGCCACAGUGGAGCUGGCAUUAAUAUCCUUUGUCCUCCUCUUCCUGGAAGCACUCGGUCUUUCUUCCUUCCUCUCUUCUCUCCUGUUGCUCCUGACGUCAGAGUGUAUCCCUCCAGCUGUUGUCUAACUCACCUUGAGAUGAUGCAGGCUGACGCUGAGAGCAGGAGCUGGAAAAGUUUUGAGUUCCUUGUGUCGUCUCAGUUUUUAACCAUCUACGACUACUAGCAGGUUUGGGCGUGGAAGAUGGUUGUACAGAUAAGAGAUCUGUGGUUUGGUACGGUUAGUUAGACAAUAAAGUUGUAUGUAGGGAUGCACCGAUCCACUUUUUUCACCUCUGUGCAGAUAUCUACAGUUUGGUAUUGGCCGAUACGAUCCAAUUCCGAUACAGAAAAGUCGCGCUGAAUUACCUUUUGUUGUAACCUAAAGUUUUACCACUGCUCCUGGGAGUGUUUACUGCACAGGUAUUGCAAGUGGUGGUCGAGCUUGUAGGCUGAGGUAGUGUGAUAAAGUUCAAGAUAGCAGACCCCUUUGCUCGCUCCAUUUUGAAAACAAUGUGGGCAUCCACUCAGCAUGUCUACUUGUGGAUGCCACUCACAGCACAUAGCAUAGAGUUAGACUGAAUAGAUUGGCCCCUAUGAAUCGGGCCCAUUGUCACGGUACCGGAUCUAGAAUUUUCUUCAGUAUCGGGACCAAUACUGAUAUCAAAUAUUGGAUCGGUGCAUCUCUGGUUGUAUGCUGUGUCUAUUAUUAGAAAAAUACUAUUUUACUGUAAAUGUGUGAUCAUACUUCAUCAACGUCAUAACUUCUACUAGUUAGGAGGCGACACCAUUAAAAGGACAGUGAAUGUCAAAUUUAAUGCAUUUGGUUUAAGUGUCUAAAUCUUGUUAUUCAUAAUUAUGUAGAAGAUUUUUGCAGCUAUCUGAAGUAAGACGUGUAAUGAGACAGCCGUUUAUUGUCUUGAUUGAGAAUUUUCACGGUUUCUAAACUAUUCACUAAACUAUAAACUAUAGGGGUGAAGUGAAUAUUGGGUUAUAUCGGCCUGCAUCUAAAAUCUCAGAUAUCAGCACUGCGAUACAAGCAGUCCAUUCCAUACUCCGCUUCAGCACUUCUACCUAGUAGCACCCUGAUCCAGCAUGCAGAGCCCACGUGAUCACAACAACAGCAUGUACUAAGGUACUAACAAAGUAGCAAGGAUAAGGAGUGAUGUCGGCUGUGUGGCAGUAUUUUUUGUUUAAGUUUGUGAAAGACGUUGAAACUGAGUGCAAAACUAUUCAUGAACAAUUUUGUGCUAACAUUGGAUCAAUAUCGGUAUCAGCCAAUACUGAAGGCUGCAAUAUCGAUAUUGUAUCAGAAGUAAGAGAAGUUAUUUCACCACUGCUAUUCACUGUUUGAAACUUUUGAAUAUGUAGAAACCAUAUUUCAUGACUUUCAGACUGAUCAUGUGGGUGUGUGAAUAAAUUUAGAAUUAGGUUAUGUGCAUCAUAAAUGAAUGCACAUUGUUUCUCACAGCACAAUAAUCAACAGUCCAAGUAGGCUAACGUUAGUAUUUCACUUAAUUUUUCAGCCUCCUCCUUAAUAUACCUUCUACAGAUAGUAUAUUUAAAUCUCUAAAAGCAUCCUGUUUCAACACAAGGUCUCUCUUGCAAUGUGGUAUCAAAGGUAGACACAAAAGAGAGUUGAAAAAUUGGCCUGGUUGUCACCAUAUGCUACUAGUAGGGAAAUCAGAGUAACCACCUACCAAGUACAGUAUUUUAAUCUCGGAUCUAAACUGCUAUAAAGAGAGCAUUCACGUCUCUGUGUGAACUUCCAUUUAAAUCCAGAUUGAAACAGUUUCCAGUCCAUUACACCGCACUGUACCUUACAACGAGCACAGAGGGAAAGGUAGUGUAAUGGGUGAGCACCCUAAACGGUGUAAUGACGCCUCUCGGUUUUAGCCCGUAACGGAAAAUGUAUGACUGAAACCACCAUAACAACGACAGACUGAAACAAUAUUAUGAUCCUCUGAAAGGUAGAAAAUGUCUCUGUUCAAUCAAAACCAAUGACUCACUGGAGAAUUAGGCCCUGAGUAAGACCAUAUUUGUAUAUUCAGAGCGUUAGCAGAGUCAUGCAUGGAGCUCCUGCCGUGUUUGCCAACCUAAACUGAACUUGGAGUACAGUCCGAAAUGUUUUGUCCUGAUGGUGUGCUCUAAAAGUGCUAUAUUGGCGCUCCAGUGUGGCAUAUGGACAUAGAGAGGAAAUUAAUAUCUAAACGGAGAAAGUGAACGUGUGUGGCACAAUUUGAGACCCGGUAGAGAGGCCAGUGUGUUAAAAAUGUGGCUCUCUUGUGUAAAUAAAACACCUUUUUAACAGUUCUCAGUGGUACUGUUCACUCUAAACGGUUUAUUAAACCACAGGUGGCAGAAAACACACGUAAGGUCGGACCAAAUUAAACUUCUACACGUGCUUUUUGAUUUAAAUGGGUUACCUGACAGCUACUGGCAGAUACAGCUGAGUUUGAGAAAAGCUUUUUUUUACUUUGCAAAGAAAUGUUUGGAUCUGCUUUUGUGAUUUAUGCUGUAAAAUCUGAUAUAUUUAAAGGGAUAUUCCAGCGUAAAAUUAAUUUAGGGUCAAACACACCAUAACAUCGAGUUAGACACACCCCUGGAGAGAUGACUGUUGCCGACCGCAGCUUGCUUCUCUAGUUAUACUUACUUUAGUAAUGACUACAUGAUAGCAAUACAGAGAGCCACGUGCUCAACCAAAACGCCACUCUAUAGCCACAAAUAAUGCUCAGAGCUGCACUUCAUCAACUGUACAUAUAGGGUCCCAGCCAUAGUACUAGCCACCAAACAUCUUUUUAACUUCUUUAGCAAAGAGACUAAACACAACUCACCGUCUCUCUUCCAGCAGCCGUUUGUUUGUAUGGAGACCUCCGGGUGAGUCCAUUGACUGCAGCGUGGGGACGCAGAACUACCGCAUCUGCAGUGCAAAAUGAUUAAUAUGAUGAUUAUUACUUCAAGGAAAUGAUAAAGAAAGGGUAAUAAAUGUUCUUCCUUGAGCUGCCUCACCCCGCAGCAGCCGAUGGACUCGCCCGGAGGUUUUCGUACAAACAAAAAGUUAGUAUAAAGUUAGUAUAACUAGAGAAGCAAGCAGUCGGCAACAUUCAUCUCUCGAUGGGGUGUCUAACUCGGUGUUAUGGUGUGUUUGACCCUAACUUAAUUCUACGCCGGAAUAUCCCUUUAAGUCAUCAAGCUCUAAUUCUUAGCAUGCUCCAUCUUUGUGAAUCAGUCCGAUUUGCCAACUACCUCUUCUCCACAUGCUAAUUUUUAUCCACACUAUAUUCAAGCUGCAGUCUCUCUGUGUUUAAAGGCAUUAGGUGGAGUGUGGUCACUGCCUGUAUACCUGCACUGACCGCUGAUGUGGAUCUGUUCAUGAAGAGGAUAGUAAAGGAGUGCUUGAUCAAAGGAGCAGUUUUACAGCAGUGUUACCUGUCAGAGGUUAAGGCCUGAAGAGCCUGAAGCUAAGAAACAGGACAGCUAUUUAACAGCUGCUUUAAAUGCUUUGUGUGUGUUUGUGUGUGUGCAGGUUUGUGUCUGUUCUCCCCAAACUUAAACCAGGGUUAAAAAUGUUUCUCAGUACAAAUAAGGAUUCAGAUCCUGCUCUGAAACAUCAAGUUGAGGAUUUUAUUCCGAGAUCUCAUGGCUAAUGUCUUCCAGCACGUCUGCUUUUUGACACCUCUUACACUCCCAGGAUUCCUCACUGCUGGACUCAGGCUGACAGCCAGACUAGGAGGGAACCACACAGUAAAUCUGACACAGUGAACUGCACUGCUGCUGGUCAGCAUGAGUAAACUCAACACCAUCAGCGGGCAGUGAGAGGAAGUGUGUGUUUGACAGCGUAGCAUUAGGGUUCUGUCUAACCGUGCAGAACACCAGAGUGUGAAAUUGUAUCAUCGGUUGUUUGGCCUUGUCUUGUCAAAAAUAUGUUUUUCCAGGUUGACCACAAGGACUUGUAUUCUGCAGCCUCAGAUAAACUCAGGAACCCAGAUAAACUCUGCUGUGCAUUAGCUGUUAUUUUACAACCAGUGUUUGACAGUGAGUAACUUUUGUAAUGUCUCGACUUAUUGUCUAGAGCUGGAAUUACCAGACAAAGUAGCAGUUCAAGGUUGUGUUUAGUUCAGUAUAUCAUUUAUUAAUUCAAUAAUAGCGGAGUGGCUUUUUGUUUUUUUGUAAUUUAACCGCAUGACUGCAUUUCAGGUUCAGGGUCCUCUAAACAGUUACUAAUUUAUAAUGCAGAAAUACCGCACUGAUGGGCACUGACUUAUUACACUGGUGGUGACGUAUUUUGGAGCCAAAACUGCCUGAACAAAGAAAACAUAUGAGACCUCUUUAGAGAACUAACAACAGGCAGACUUGACAAAUGCAAGAAACGUGUGAUCAGUGUUGUGAAAGAUUGGAGUUUUUAGUUUGGUUUGAGCACUGAACUAUUUGCUCAAGUUAGGAAAGUAAAACAGUAAUGAUUGUUUCUGCACAAUGAUUGCCUAUGUUGCUGCAAUUUGUUAUUAAUCUACAGUCAACACAUUUACUUCACAUUCAAAGUCUUCUUGUACUUCAGGAGCACUUCACUUCCACUGACAUAAUACUGGUCAAAAAUGUAGUGAUUUAUGAUGAGCAGCUAAUUUACAUUGUUACCGGGAGCAGUCUAAAGCAUGACCUGACUUUUGUAUCUUAGCAUGUGUGUGAGCAGCUUCAUUACAAAAUCUUAUGUAGUAUGACUUACUUAGUUGCUUUGUUGUGGAAGUUAAACUUCUUAUGUAUUUUUACUAACUUGGUGAAGCAGAUGGUUAUGAAGCUUCAUAUCCCCACUCCAAGCUGAUGAGAGAAGAGCAAAAAUUAUGAAGAAAUAUCAGCCUCUUGUCCCACCAUAACUUUCUCUUUUGUGUUUACAUAUAACACCCUAAAACAGAGUAAUUUUUCUGUUCAACUGUUAGAUGUUAAAUCCCAUUUCAGAAGUGAGGGAGAUUCAGACAUGCAGAUACACACCAUGCUGUUCUGCCCUGCCAGCUCCCGACCUCCACCCUGAUUCUACCGCUUUUAUUACCUAUGAGGGUUGAUCAGAGUAGGGGUGUCCCAGUACAACUUUCUUACUUCCGAUAUGAUACUGAUAUUGUAGUUUCAGUGAUGGCCGACACCGAUAUUGGUCUGAUAUUGGCACAUACUGCCACGUGGCCGACAUCCCUCCUACCCCUUGCUACUUUGUUAGUACCUUAGUACACACUGUUGUUGUGAUUGCGCAGAGUUGUGUUGCUCUGCAUGUUGGAUACAGACGCUGCUAGCUAAAAGCGCUAGAGCGGAGUCUGGAAUGGACUGCUUAUAUCGGAGAUUUUAGAUGCAGGCCGAUAUAAUUCAAUAUUUGUUUUUUGGCUGAUAUCGGGCCGAUAUCCGAUAACCAUAUUGUGAAUAGUUUGGAAACAGUUAAAAUUCUCAUUCAACACAAUAAAUGGCUGUGUCAUUACACUUCUGACUUUAGAUAUCUGCAAAAAUGUUCUACAUAAUCAUGAAAAAAGGUUUUAGACACUUAAACCAAAUGCAUUAAAUUUGACAUUCACCGUCCUCUUAAUAGUGUCGCCCCCUUAACUAGUAAACAUAACUUUUUUUGCUGAUAUCCGAACGAUAUUAAUAUCGUAUCCGGACAUCCCUAGAUCAGAAGCAGAAUGCCUUCACCCCUCUCUUCCCCCCCAUUGCAGACAAGCCAUAACAGGGCUUGGAAGAGCAGUACGUGAAAGUCAAGAGAAGCUUAGUUUAAGAAUUUCAAACUGUCUUGUCUUAAACACAAAAAAGACCUCUCCAUCCAUGUGUCAGGCUCUGACAGCAAACGAGCAAAAAUUUAGUCUUGACCUGUUUUAACCUCCUUAUUUCUCAUUCUGUAAUCUCCCUGCCUCUCUAUCUGCAGUUUCCUCCCCUCCUAUCUAUUUUGUUGUUUGUUUUUCUGCCUCUAACCCUCUGCUAUCUCAUACUUGAGCAUCUGUGCUGGGAUGAUACAAGGUGUUUGUGUUCGUUGGUCGGGAUGUCCUUGAGACAGAAGUGAUGACACUGAUGAUAAGACGCAGCCUGAGCCGAACACCUGGGCUGUAUUAGGAUAAAUGACCGUGAACCGAAGUGAGGAUACAGCUGCCUCCAUCUUUGCUGCGCUCGUUUAAUACUGUCUGCGCUGUAUUAUCUUCACACAUGAGACUGUGUGAGUUACUGGACACUGGGCGGUGAUAGGUAAUGGAGGGACGUGGGGAGACAAGACUCCUGGCUGCUGUUAAUGAGGCUCCACUAAGGUGGACUGGACGUCUGGUUUCCUGCUCAUAGUCUGGGAAUGCUGUUUCACUGGGAACCAUACUCCUUUAUCCGCCUGUCAGUCCCACAAAUAUCUGAAGCUCAGUGAUCAUUUUGGGAUGACGUGUGAAGAAUAUUCUGUGAAAAAUGUAAAACUAAUCUAAAGAAGAUCAAUGAGUCUAAAGAAAGACGUGAAAACAAAGUAGUUGAGCGAUCAUCUGAGUGACAGAUGCCUCGGAUGCCUUUUUGAGUUUUAAUCCGUGCUCCCCGACGACGACGUUAAAGCACAGAGAGAUUUGACUUCACUCCUGCUCUUAAAUUAUGUUCACUUGGCUGCUCCGUCUCUAAAUACAAACAAAUGGCUGUAGGGGAAAGCACUCAAGUCCUCUGCUGCUGCUGCUGUCCCAUGCUGGAAGGCGUAUAAUCACAAAGCAGCCAAGAACAGAAAUACUUCUCUAGGAUCACUCAACAGGUCGUGAGCCAAACAACCUUUGAAUUCAGCUCUUGUUUAGUUUCUCGUGUGAAUACUGAUCCUGACAUCCCUGUCAUGUUUAGCUUGAAUUUACACAGUCCUUAUAAAAUAUCAAAAUGUACAUUAAGUGUCAGAGUGCGCAUUAUUUCUUGCUCACGACACAAAACAUGCCUAAAGCGUGCAUCACAAGCUUGCAUGAAAUCUGCAGAGCAGUUAUGGACGACCAACUUAUUCUCUGGCCGGAGUUGAAAGUAGCCACAGCCUUGGCUUUCCUCUCAGUAAUCAUAAAACACGAGACGGAGAAAAGCAGUGGUAAAGAGAACACAGACCAGUGGCAGUAUUGGUUUGGACGCCGCUUACAAACUGUAAUUUUAUUUAUGCGUAAUUUUUAUCUGCGUGUAUUGAUCAAAGGUUGACUCUUAAAGCUGUUUUGUGGUGACUCAGUAGGUCAUGAACCCUGCGGUCAACAAAAUAGAAAAGACUGUGAGAAAGCGUGUCAGAGUGGAUGUAAUUGUAAUCAUCGAGAAUCACAUUUAUUGUAUAAUAGAUGACAGAUUAGGGUGAGUCCAGGCAAAUGAAGCUAGCGUUUUGUGUUAGCUGCACUGUACGGUAAAUGUAAUGUCAGGACAAGACCUUUAAAAUAAAGUACGAAAAAUUUUAACAUCACUGGACAGUUUUGUAUUUUUAUUACAAAACCUUUGGAGAUUAUAAUAUACAAAUGAACCAACAAGCAAUAAACUGAUGAAUUAGUACCUGGUGCUUGUUCUGGAUCAAGAAUUGACCCAAUGUAGGGCUGUGCGAUAUGGCCUCAAAUCAAUAUCAUGAUAUAUUGAGUAGCUCACCUCAAUAACGAUAAAUGGACGAUAACUACUCCACAAGCUGCUCACCUCCUGUCACAUUAACUUUGUCAACUUCAGCUGCCGCUCCAGCCGCUACAACUUUUGAACCAUCCUCAUCUCCUCACCUGUCUUUUCCUCUUUGUUACAGACUGGAUGGGGUGGAGUCACGUCUCUGACAUAAGACAGUGUCUCAAAGGGACAUGAGACCAUAGCCUACCUACACACAUCCAAAACCAGCUUUUAUUUAUCUAUUUUUUUGACAUCAAAUAUACCGAUACGGGCAAAAUGACAUCGGUUAUUGCUGUAAAUUUUGGUGUCAGUAAAUUUUCGGUUUAUUGCCCAGCCCUAGUUUUAUGGUAAGAUUACGACGACAAAUCAGUGUUACGUUGUGUUUUAUAACAAGUUUUACAGUAGAAAACAUGAUAUCUCAGGAAACAAGUCCUCAACACCCGAUUGUAUAAUAACUUAAAGAAGGUAAUUAGGCUAGAUGAUUGGUGGAGAAACAAGUGGUCUAGAAUUAACAUAACAUGCCUUGGUAAUACAGUUGUAAAUUGAUUUUCUCUUGCAUGUAUACACUCUGAAGUUGAUCAGCAAUGAUGCAUUAUGGAAGGCCAGGUAGUAAACGAAACCUUGACAGAAGAAGAAGUAAAAAUAUCAAAGCUGUGGUAUUAUCCUUAUGAAAAGUUCAGGGCUGUAAAAUUGUCUGUGUUUUCAGUUAGCUUUUUGCUAGUUUAUUUGUUGAUCAUUCCAGCUUGUGACUUGAAAACAGCCCAAUAAUAACUUGCAGAAAGGGGGCAUGUCACCACCUUUUGUGUAACGGUGGCGUAUGUAGUUAUGUCACUAAAUUGGAUCUCUUCUGGCGCUCAUGUACUGGGACAUUGUGUCUGAUUGACCUGAAAGGAGACUAACCCUGUGGUUCUAGGCCUGGCUCUUUUAAACAGGGUAAACUGACCACAGUGUUGGGAUGAAGCAGCUUAUGGCAGCAAAUUAGAUUAGUGGUGUUGGCUGAAGUGUGUGAGGACGCAGCUUUGAUGUGAUUGUGUUAAACUUCACAUUCCCCUACAGAGUUUUGGCUUUCUACAUCAAGCACCAGAGCUGAGGCAUGUUCCCCUCCCUGUGGGUGUAGCUGCUUAAAAAUAAUCAUGUAUAUGUUCCCGUAGCUUGCUCGUUUUUACAAGUACUUUGAACUUGGACUACAUACAGUUACGCAAAGACACGUGCGCGCUCAGACAUACCACGAGCCACAAACAGAUCAAAUAAUCACCGCUGUGUUUCAGAUUGGAGGAAACGGGAGAUGUUCUUCAGGGGGUGCGUGAGUGGAUUGGCCAACUAGUGUGUCAUUAUGAUACCAGCUCCUGGCCUAUGGCUUAACAACAGCAAAUCCACAAUGGGACUCAAAUUCAAGUUGACUUCGAGCCAUUGCACUUAUCCCAGGGGCUGUUUCCAUCCCUUAGUAUCUUCAUCUUGGACAGUGCAGAGAUUUUCUCACGUAACAAGUUACCAAAGGGGGGAGGACGUGCCUCUCACUCUUUGCUCAUGUUGUUCAUAAACAAGAAGACUUGGGACUUUUUCCCGAUAUGCCUUGCAGUGAAUUAUUUGGAUGAGUGCAUGCAGUAAAACUCAGUGUAAAGCUUCAAUUUUUAGUUAAGUUAACUUAUAGCAUCCAAGUUAUGACUAAACAACUCCUACAUAGACUGAAACAUAGAGGUUAUGUCUUCAUUAUUUGUCCAUGCUGUUUACUAUUUGUUCCCAACAGCAUUGCUCCUACGGGCAUCUUCAAUCCUCAGCUCUUGUCUAGGAUGCUCUCCACAUUGUCUAAAGAAAAUAGCAACUCACUGUGUUUGCAGCACAUUUCAUUUGUAAGUCCAUGUUGUUUUUAUUAUGUUGAUCCAACUUGCUAUUAAAAGGAAUCCUCACCAACAAAUGGUUGACAAGAAGAGAUUAGCCAGGGUUGAAGAAUUGUCCAAGGGUCAUUAUUUUCCAUCACACCCUCCUGUGUUUUUAUUCGCCGGUGGAAAGAGACUAAAAUAUUUGUUUCCUUCAAAUGUUCCUCUGUUUGUAGGAAUUGUUAUUAUGUUUUAAAUAUAUGUGUUAGUGAAUAUGAGGUACAUAACAUUUUUGUAGCUUUUAACUCGACAAAAAUAACUACUUUGCCACCAUGUCAGAAGCUUCUCUGUACGACUCUAUUUAAAAAGUGCUUUGAUUUUAAAUAACCCUCUCGAGUAGACUUUUGUCAAAGGUAGGGCUGGGUGAUUAAUUGAUAAUAAUACAUACUGAAAAAUAAAUUCCCCAAUAUCAAUGUAGAACAUGGUCAAUAUGCUUAUCGAUAGUCGGCAUUCUGCCAUGUUUUGGUAGACUAUACGAAUAGCCAAUGAAAAGGGGAGUUGCUCCAAGUCCACUUCACAUUCAACCAAUCAUGUGCUGAAUUAGAACCAAGUAGCAAACAAAUGACGACAUCGUCAACAACACUGGCACGAAAACGUCGGUGGCGUGGAGGUUUUGUGGUUUUUCAAGGUCAAACAUGAAGCAGAGUAAUGUGCACUGCAAAUGUUGUUGAGUACAUGUUCUCACAAAGUUGGGGAAUACCUCAAAACUUUUUUUUACCACCUGAAGCAGCACGCGCAACGCAAAAGGGUACAAACCCUGAGUGGAGCAAGGAGCCCAUGGCACCUGUGCAGCCGAAACAGCCGACCAUUCAGUCAGCUUUUCCUAGAGCAACGCCUUACGACAAAAUGUUGAAGAGACGCAAAGUCCCCACAGAUGCAGUAGUUUAUCGUAUUGCAAAAGACGUGCUACCAAUUAGCACUGUUACAUUUUUUUUAUCGUGAUAUAUAUCGAUAUCGACUGAUAUGAAAAAGAUAUAUCGUGAUAAACUUUUUCCAUAUCGCCCAGCCCUAGACACAGGUAUUUUACUUUUAUGUGUGAAGCAUUUUAUAUGAAGGAUAUCAAAGACAUGGUCAAGUCCUUUUAAAAAAAAAAUGUUUUAAGUUACAAUUUUGGAAAUUAAAGUUUCAAAUUGGGAGAAAAUUAUGUGUCAGAGUAAUCCCAGGAUGAGACAGCAGGAUGCCCUGAAUGGUUUGUUCAAAAAAGUCACACAGAAAUUAAGCAAGAGGGACCCAGGACUUGCUCAAUUCAUGAUGUCACAAAUUGAUGAGUUUAUAGUCAAAUUGAAAUCUCAUUAUUUUAUCAAUAUCGUUUUUUUCUCCUUAGGAUGUUUUGAAACACUGUUGUAUAAGAUCUGGGGAUGUUUAGAUAUUUAGAUGAAAGGAUUUUUAAAAAUUGGUGAUCAUUUUUCUGAUGUUGAUUCAUCAGUGACCCACUGACUGAAAUGUCGUGUUUUCUCUCUCAUGCAGCUCUGAAGAGGUCCUUCGAGGUAGAGGAUGUGGACACUUCCUCUCACCUCUCUCCCGGUUCCCGUCGGACGACUAACUCCCCUCAUCGCAACGCCAUGUCUCCCACCAGCAUCUACUACCGGGACCUGGGCUCCAGCACCACUGCGACCAACAACAACAACCUCAACUACACCCAGCCCCGCUCCAUCAUGGGUGGAGGAGGCUCAAAGACCCCUGAGCCUGUGUCACGUCGUUCAGAACUCUCGAUCGACAUCUCCUCCUCGUCCACCAAAUCCAUGGACAACGCCACCAGCCCUGCUUCCACACGCUUCGCCACAAACAGCGCCCUGAAACGCCCUGAAGUCCUCGGUCACUCCAAAACUCCCGAGAUGAGCCACAAGAGGGAGGUCACCUUCGCCAAAGCACCUAAUGACUCCCCAGUGAUCCGCCGCAAUGAGGGCAACAACAACAACAAUGGCACCAGCAAGACCCCAGAGCAGAAUCACACUCGCAAGUUUGAGCUGCCAAGUCCCGGGGAUGUUCGCAAACCUGAUAUCAGCAUUACCAGAGCCCCUCCAGAAAACAAUGGUCACCACCCAGCAGUGCACCACCCACAUCACCCAAACCCCCAUCACAACACCAUCGUCACCACCUUCCGCUGUUCCUCGCCAAAUCAUGCUGGACGGAAAUCACCCAACUAUGGUAAGUCUGCUUAAUUCCCGGAAAACCAACUCCAUCAAAUCAUUCCAGUUUUAUCCUUCACUACUGUCACACUCCAUUUAAUCGCUGGAAUAGCUUGGAACCAUUGGCAGUCAUUUUUAUCCCAUGAAUCCCAUCGGCAGUAGUUUCCCAGUGCCCAUGUAAAAUUUAAAAACCACUCUCAAAUAUAAGACGAGUCUCAUCAAUACUAGAGGCUGAAAUCUCCUCUAAAAACUGAUCUCCUUUGUUUGGUCACUCAUAGAAAACAGACUGAAUUUUUAGGGUGACCAUAUUCUGAAUCCCCAAAAAGAGAACACGACUAUGCAGGGGCGGAGUCACGGAGUCACAUAGUCAGGUGUAGUUAAUUUUGAGAGUUUUUCAGGUUGGAUCAAGUGUUUUUAGACGCUUCUAACUCAGUAAAUCCAUGCGACAAAAACUUAAAACUUCCAUACAAAACCCCGGACAUUUGAAGGAUUUUAUAAAGGCCAGGAAGGUCGUGCAGCCCCCCAAAAAAGAGGACAUGUCUGGGUAAAAAAGGAGGUAUGGUCACCCUAGAUUUUUGCUUUUAGUAUUCUUCUGUUUGAAAAGGUGCAUUCACAGCUUUUGUAAUCAGAAUUAUUUCACUUUGAAACAGACCAAUUUACAGUCAAAAAAAAAACUUUCUCCUGGUUUCAUAUCUUUCUUCUUCUUCAAUUGCAGAGAAGCAAAAGUUCUCUCUCACUUGGAAAAAAAAACAGGGGCAACUUGUUUGAUUUGUCUGAUGUCUGUAUUUCUGCCAGUAACAUAAAUAACCACAUCCUCAGAGGCUUGUCGGUCCAGCAGACUGAACGUCUGUAUUUGUGGUCUGUUAUUAAUGUAAUUAUGAAGAUGGGUGGGUUUGUUGCUAUGUGAUGAAAGACUAACCUUUGGAGCACCAGAACAGCACCACGGUUCGUACAAUAAACCAGCCCUACAAAUGCAGUUAACAGAGACGGAGUCCAAAGAUUGACUUGAGCUUCUCUGAUGCAGCCUGUGAUAUGAUACGGUCAUAAAAAGAGUUGAUAUUCAGUCGAAAUAAGAGAAACUGCGUGCGCUCUCUUUGAUUUUCUGCCGUUUCCACGUUGUAAGUCAGUGGUUAGAGUAGAGCAUGUUUCUUCUUAUUCCUUCUUCUGUGGAGUAAGUUUGUUUACCGAGCCCUGUCACAACCACCAACCUAGAUAUCUGGAUGAGUUGGGGGGCUAUAAUGUGAUGUUUUUACUUUGCUAGGUGUUGCAUUGUUAUGAUGUUUAGACCAUAAGUGGUUGUGACACUUCAAAACACGACGAGGGCUUUGAAAUUAAGCUGAGGGGAUUUUGUUGAUUACUCUUGCCAGGUUCACCCUCGUCAUUGUCUCUGUGAGGUACUCUUAUCACCUUAGCGCAGUGUUAUGCCUCGGCAUUUAACGUGACUUUAGAAAAUAGCUACGGCGGCUGCUUUGAGCAAUGCUCCUCUGUGUUUUAUUUAUUCAUCUAUGGAAGCCUUUGGUCAUGUAAGUGGCUGUUAUCCUCCGAGUGAAAGCUUUUCUGUGUUUCUCAACAAAUCACUGUCCCCAACCUACUCUUUACCACUUUCCCAAGUUGUUUAGCAUAAGCUUGUCCUGCCUUGUACAAAUUUUCCUGCAGUGUGUAUCUGUGGUUAAGUGUGUCACAUCGUUCCCGCUCUAUGGAUCCACUUUGUGCUUGACUGUAAAUCUCCACUCUUUUUUUCUGCCCUGAAGCUUUAACAUGAAGUUCUCUUGGAUUAUGGGAGUAAAAUAAUUAGUGGUCCACAGGGACAGGCCCUCACUGAUAGGCCCCGGGGCUCUAAGUGAACCUACCAUUUUCUGCUCUGGCACGUUAUCAAGGCCACUGAAUUAAAAUAAAAAAGCUUGAAAUGACUUGUUGUACCAUUAGGGCUGGGCGAUAUGGCCUCAAAUCAAUAUCACGAUACAUUGAGCAGUUCACCUCGAUAACGUUAAAAUGGACGAUAACUACUCCACAAGCUGCUCACCCCCUCCCACAUUAACUUCGUCUACUUCAGCCGCUACAACUUUUGAACCGUCCUCCAUCUCCUCACCUGUUUUUCCCUCUUUGUUACGGACUAGAUGGGGUGAAGUCACGUCUCUGAUGUAGGUCAGCGUCUUAAAUGGACGUGAGAACAUAGCCUACCUACACACAUCCAAAAAAAACUUUUAUUCAUUUAUUUUUAUACUGAUAUGGGCAAAAUGAUGUUGGUUAUUGUUGUAAAUUCGGUAUCGGUAAAUUUUCAGUUUAUCGCCCAGCCCUAGUUUUAUGCUUAGAUUACUACCACAAAUCACAGUGUUACAUUGUAUUUAAUUGCAAGUUUUACGGCAGAAAACAUAUAUCUUACCUUAAAAAACAAGUCCUCAACACCUGAUGGUAUGAAAAGUUAAAGAAAGUAGUUACAGUCUAGAUGACCAGUUGAGAAAUGAGUGGUCUCAAAUUAACAUAACAUGCCUUGGUAAUACAGUUGUAAAUUGAUUUUCUCUUGCAUGUAUACACUCUGAAGUUGAACAAUAAUGAUGCAUUAUGGGAAGCCAGGUAGUAUACGAAAGUUGUCUAUGUUUUCACAGUUAGCCCUUUGCUAAUUUGUUCGUCGAUCAUUUUAGCAUGUGACUUAUUGAAUAUAUUGACAUGGGCAAAAUGACGUCGGUUAUCAUCGUAAAUUUCGGUAUUUGUAAAUUUUCAGUUUAUCGCCCAGCCCUAUGUACCAUCAUUGUCUAGGGUUACAUUAUAUAAGGAAUGAAAAUACACUGGUCUCUUGGUUUGUAUAGUGAAAGACAGUUGAUAAAUCAUCAUCUGCCACCUUGUUUCAUUCGUAGGAUAUUUAAUGUUAUUCUGAUGGCGUGCUUUAGAUGCUGUUGUCAACACUGUCAAUAAAGAUCAGAUAGUGUUGUUUUUCUAUUUGGCCGUCAGCUGUGUUAUUGUGGGUCGAUUAGAUAAGCUGCUUUCCUGCCCCUUCGGUCUUUCCUAAAGGAAAUGAUAUCACACCUCUGUGUGUAUGCAUGCAUGCAAACACACUUGCACACUAAAGUACAUGUAGUAUCCGGUGUUUCCUUCCGUGUUCUGUCAGCAUGAUUGUUUCCCCCGCUCUGUGACCUCAUUGCAGUUUGCUUCCUCUGUCAGAGGUCAUGUGACCCGAGUACGUCAGUUUCCUCCCAUAUACAUCCCUCUGUACUUUGAUCCCAGUUUCAGGAAUAAGGUGAUACAUUAGCGUGUUUAUGGUUGUGACACAGAACACGCUUCAGAUAGAUUUUUGAAUGAUAACGGAUGAAUAAAUUUCGUAUUUUCAGUAGCUUGAUAAUUGCGGUAAAAAAAAAACAUACGGUAAGCAGAAUUUUUUGUGUGGUUGUCAGUUUUCAUAGAUUGUUGGAGCCUCAGUUAUGAAAAAAAGAUAAAUAUGUUCUUUAUUUCUCCUCUGUGAUGGUUUUUCUUACUCCCUUAAACUUAAUCUCUUUGGGGAUUUGGGUUCGUAGGAUCCAUCAUUUCAAUGGUUGUUUGAUAGAUACAUACUGUUAUUAAAUGUACUUUACAGAUGGGUGUUUUCCAACCACACUUAAAACUAUUAUGGUAAAACACACCCUGAAGAAUAGAAUCCUUGACCUUGUGGUAGCAAUUUCGGACAAUUUUCCAAUUUUUUAGUCCACAGAAAAUUUUGAAGGAAGUACUUUUGAAUAUGAAUUACUUUUUGGUAUUAGAUGCUUAAAAAAAUUGGACCAACCACUACAGAGAAAUAUACUUAUUAAAAAACAUCUAUCCUUUGUUUCCAUCGACUUGUGUGAUUUGAUAAGGUCAACUACAAUACUCUCAGACAGGAUUCAUAAAUGUGUCGCCCUACUCAACGAUGUUUAUUGUGCCUUCUUACCAGAAGUGGAUUUUAAAGUGCUUUACAAGGCAGCAAAAAUAAGUGUAUACAGUCAACAUUUUCAAAGGGAUCAGUAAAUGACGCCACUUAGUCAUUUAUAAUCCAAUCUCAGAUUCAUGUCUAGGUUGUUUUUAGCCACUGUCCAAGCCCAUGGUGCAGCCUGGCCAUAUUUCAAGGUUUCGUAUCAUCAACCAAAUGUUAAAUUUAAUGUUUUUAUUUGCAUUUUAAGCUGGCUGCAACUUCCAUUAGGUAAAUACAGACUGAUUUUAUUAUACAAGAGCUUUAAUUCGAUUAUACCAGAGUUUUAAUUUUGGUGAGUUGGAUUCAGUUUGACAUAAUUACCAUUUUCUCUGAAGCUGUAAAAUAUCUUUAUUUCUCAUGAAUGCUUACUCAAGUGCCACAGUUUGACUCUGAAAUACCUGAAGAGUUCGGUACAGGACUCAUACAAUGUGACUUUAAGUGGAUGUGAUAAGUGAAAGAAGAAAACUGACUCACAUUCAAGAAGGAGAACUCUCCUGACCAUCAGGGUCACUUCAGGCUAUAGACAGCAGACUCAUUCUCAUGAUUGGUAUCUGGUCUGCUCCCGUGUGUGCAGCCAGACGGGGAUGUUAUCUUGACAGGCAGGCCUGCUGUUCAUCAAUCCAUCACACUCCACUGAAACGAGCUUCAUCUUACAUCUCGAGACAGAGGAGCAGAGACCACCUGUGGUUAGAAACAACACAUUUAUUAUCACUCUUUAGACCAGCUUUACAUUUUUUUUAAAUGAAUUUGUUUCAGAUGAAGAUUACGAUGGAGUAUUAGGGCUGCAUUAAGAAAAAAAAAUCUGACUUUGAGAUUAAAGUCGUUAAUUUAAGAGAAUAAAGUCAUUACUUGCAAAAUGAAAUCAUUAUGAUACUUAAUAUAAUGUGGCGCUGAUGUGCCAAACAAGUAUCUCCUUGUUUUAGAAAUCUAUAUUGAAGUACAUUUUCAUGAAAUUCUCCAUGGCUCUCAUUUCAACAACUGUCAUCGUAAACAAAAGGUUAGAAUAUAAGGACUUUAUUCUGAUUUUAUUCUUGUAAGAAAUUACUUUAUUACAACUUUAUUCUCGUAAGUAAUGAUUUUAUUAUGACUUUAUUCUCGUAAGUUAAUUACUUUAAUCUUGAAGUCUUAAUUUUUCUUAAAGUGGCCCUAAUACUCCGUCGUAGAAGAUUAAAGCUGAUGUAGUCAAGUGUAUUUUUUAAGACAAAAAUUUGGUUUGAUGAAUCACUCGAAAAGGAUGUUAAUAAAAUAUAUUACUAAUAUAUUAGAAUAAGUAAUAUAUUUGUUUGUAUAUUUUUUUAGGUUUUUUAAUCAUUCUCUCAUUUCAACACCAGGAUGAGACCCUCUUUAUUGUCUGUAUCUUGCCUCUGGAGAGGUCUCCAGAUAAAUGACCAUAAAUAGUCUCAUUAUCUCUAAGAUGAUAGCUGGUAGGUUAUCUUUCUGUAACCUUUUAAGAACUCUUUUAGUGUUUUAUGAGGAGGAAAUACAUGCUCCAACAUCACAUGAAUCACUGUAACAAAACUAAAAACUUCUGCUUUCUGAGUUUAAGAAGAAGUGUGUCUUCAAAGAGUAUUUAAGUCCUUUUAAUAAUGGGUAGAAUAAAAGAAAACUCAAUCUAGCAGACUAAUUCAGCGGCACACUUGUUUUACUAAUGAGAGUGGAAGAAAACACAUGUGAGACCGGUCGUCUAUUAUUCGGAUUGACCUUUAAUAAAGAGGGAGGAGUGGCUAGUGAGGGUGAUUUGUCUCUGCCUGUCUGUAGGUCAUGAAAGGGCACACACAAACAAACAUGCUUUCUUCAUCUCACUUGUUUUUUGUCUCACUUUUUCAUCUCUCAUCAACACAUCUACACAUGCACAAACGCACACACAUACAGGGCACCCUGAGGGGAAGGCAUAUCCGAGGUCAAUCCUCUUGCCGUGUAAUUACUCCUGGACUGAUCCUGGACCAUUACUCACCGGCCUGUCGGCUAAUUACUGAGGGAAGAAAAAGGAACAAGGCAAAGAGGAUUUGGUGACUGAGGAUGAUAAUGUUUGAAUAUUAAUUUAAGUUUCAGUGUGAACCAAAAAGAGCCUGUUCCUCUUCCAGUCAGGGAUGCAAACUCAAUGAAAUAUGUUUAUAUGGUGGAAUAAUUCAAUCAAAGUGCGCUGUUAACCACUAAAUUUGGGCUUAAAGCCAAAAGGGUCAUGCCCCACGGCCGGCUGCUUUUUUCCACUGGUUGGCUGCACCAUAUUUUUGUGGAAGCUCCUGCAUUUCCUCUCUCCACGAAAAUGUUAUUUUAGUCUGCAAACUUAAUGUUCCUGUAUCUAACAUUCCUUCCAUCUUUAGUCAUGUAGUUUAUUUAAAGGUGUGGUGUACAGCACAGCAGCGUUUGGCAGAACAGAAAUGGCAGAAAUUAAACAAAAUAUCUGAAAGUAUAUGUCUAAAUACGUGUAAAAUAACUUAAAUAUAAAGCAGUUUUUUGUUAAACUAAUGAGCGUCUUAUAUCUAAUUGUAUUUAGUUGGAGUUUGAAAUGUACUAAUUGGAAGACAAAGAUUAGAUAGGCUGAACUUAAAUGACCUUUGAGCGCACUGGUUUCUAAGUGAUAAGGUGUUUUGAGUCUAUAUUAAGAUUAAUGGUUCAUUCAGGUCAGUAUUAACUUUGUAAAGUAGAAAAAAACUUCUCUCAGUGACGUUUUUGUCUUUGGGAUGAUCACAUUAUGAUGUUGUUGCAGCUAUCUUUGACUAAGCUUGCAAACAGUCCUCUUGCUCAUUUGAAGUCUGUGAGCUUCCGGACUCUUUCAUCUGUGUUUUCAGCUGAAAAAUGUCCCACAGCGAAAACACAGACAAGUGUCACUUCUCAUUAUGUUGAAUAUGACUUUCACUGUCACUGCACUUUUAAAAGACACCACCAGGAGGCAGCGUAUGAUAGAAGAAAUCUGCACAGACACUGAAAGUGAUGCUUGAUUUCCUCAUUUUAAAACUUUUAAUGGUAAAACUCUCGAUUCAAACAUGUUGUCUUUAGUCCUGCUGCCAUUUUUCAGAGGACUGAGCCUGAUAAAACAACUUCAGGGGGCUCAGAGCACAUGUUUACCACCGUACAACUGCAUCAAAGACAGAGAGAUCAGUCUGUUUCCUUCAAUAUGUCAUAAUAAACCCACAUUCAAAAUAAUGUCCUCCAUGUCUUUGACGCAUGAUGACAGGCCUUUUAAAACAACAUGAAAGCUAUUCUCUUAUUUUAUGAGCAUUUUACAUUAGAGUGGGAAGAGGAGGAGGAGGGAGAAGCUGGGAGAAAUGGGAAAGGGACAGCCCUUCUGCCCCAGAUAAGUGGACUCAGACACACACACACACUCACACACACACACACAGAGAGGCUGUUCCCCUCUCCCCCAGAUAAAGCUUAGGAAGUUGAAGUUUACAUUGAGCAUCUGGGGGAAGUCAGGGGUUAAAGAAGUUUCCCACCACUGCAGAAGGACUUUUGUCCGCUUAAAUCAUCUCACCAAAUCCCACAGCUGCAGUAAACGCCCCCUCCCCGUUCACUUUCUCCUGCCUGCUGUAAAGCUGACACACUCACAGAUUUCACCUCGACCGACAUGUCGGAGCACAAACUCUCACACCACUUCCCCUCUUUGCUUUAUCACACUUUGACACAGAAAUUUUAGAGAUAUACGAACUUUGUAUGAACCGUUUCCAUCAGCCAAACAGUCUGAUAUGAGCCAUCAGAGUUAGACAGAGUACGGUGACGGUACUGUCAAUAAUCUCAAUUUUUGAGUGAACCCUCCGUCCUGUCCAUCCAGAUAUAACACUCUGUUGGUGAUGAGAAUAUCAUGUCCCCUGUCUUAGCUGCAGAAAUGACUAAAUGAAGCCAAGGUAACAUUGCACGAUGAUCACUUCGCCACAGUCCUGCAAUCUGCUGAAAUAGUAAACGACAGUAGAUGAGAGGUAGAUGAGAGAUUCCAAUGUGAUGACUGUGUGUGAAAUAUGAGAGGAAUAUGAAAAAUAUGUGGGUAGAGUCUUGUCCCACAUGUUUCACCAAGUGUGAUAUAUUUCACUCAGAUUCAUACAUGAACUCAUCAUAUUAUCGGGUUUAUCGUAGCCGGAAGCAGGAGAUCGGGAAAAGUUUUGACUUCAUGUCCUCAAAACUAAUGUUGAUUAAUUCAACAGCAGAUGAAAAUUCAGUUUCAGUAUCUCUAUGCCUGACAUUAUGUCAUGUAUCGCAUCUGCGGAAUAGCCCAGACAUAUAAUGCGAGAGAGGAGGGGUUCCUUCAUAUCAUUUCAGUCUGUCUGCAUUAAGCGGUAAAAGUUGUGGGAAUCUGUUGUGUUUUAACAAUUUACUAGGUAAUCCAACCUCCUCACUCAGUUUCCUCCGAGCCGAAGUCCUUUUUAUUCCUACAGUCUAGAUAUUAAAACUCAGUGGUGUCCUUCAGCUCAAGUGGCCACAUACUAGGGCUGAGUGAUAAACCAAAAAUUUACAGAUACUAAAAUUUACAACAAUCACCAACGUCAUUUUCCCCAUUUCGGUAUAUUCGGUGUCAAAAAAUAAAGAAAUAGUUGGUUUUGGAUGUGUGUAGGUAGGCUAUGGUCUCAUGUCCCUCUAAGACGCUGUCCUAUGUCGAAGAUGUGACUCCACCCCAUCCAGUCCGUAACAAAGAGGGAAAGACAGAUGAGAAGAUGGAGGACGGUUCAAAAGUUGUAGCGGCUGAAGUAGACGAAGUUAAUGUGGGAGGGGGUGAGCAGCUUGUGUAGUAGUUACCGUCCAUUUAUCGUUACCAAGAUGAACUGCUCAAUAUAUUAUGAUAUUGAUUUGAGGCCAUAUCGCCCAGCCCUACCAAUCAGCUUUUACUCCUUUACUUACUUGAGUUAAUUUGAAAAUGAAAUACAUAAACGUAUAUAUUAUCAUUGUUGUACUCUGAGAUGUGCCACCAAAAAAACUUUAUUGUUCCCUGCAAAGUUGUAUAUUGAUACCAAAGUGUGGUUUUAUAAUUAUUUACUGUGUUUCUGGGCUGCUGACAUUAAAAUCUGAAUGUAAAGGAUGUAAGCAGCACAUAGUUGACUGUCAAAGACACAGAUAUAAAUAUAAGACUAGAUACGCUAGCGGCGAACAGUCAUGGCCCGCCAAGUGACUUGCUUACGUGGCCACCAUCUUAGCGUGGGCAACUUUCCCAUUAAGGUCAUCGGAUAUACAUGGAAGAUGAAUCAUAUCUGGCUCAUUUCUCAACCGAUUUUCAUGCAGUUUACUUUAUUUUCAACGACAAAACAUGUGCUACUCAAUAUGCUCAUGAGCUACAGAACAUUUUGGGUUUUUAAUUUUUAAAUCAAAUGAUCUGUAUUAAUAGCACAUAUUUAAGCGUGACAAUAAAGUGAACCACAUGAAAAUUGGUUGAGAAAUGAGCAAGAAAGGAUUUAUAUUCAUAUUACAUGCAUUGCCUUUAAUGGGAACGAUACCCCCACGAGCUGAACCUCACUGUAUAGGCACGCAGCUCAAAGGGGCAUGUCAUGCACUAUUCAUAUGGUCAAAGAUGUCCCUACUAAAGGUCAAUAAAGAAAGCUGUGAAAACCUUUUCAUGGUGUAAUUCUCAAUGACUGCCACAGCAGGUUGGUGCUCAAGUACAGCCAAGUGAAGUUUAUAUAGACUGUACUGCUUAGCUGGAAAUGUUCAGGCUUAUUUUAACAAUUAAAUAUUUCCAAGGCUUUACUUUGCAAUAAUUGGCACAGAAUUUGAAUGCACUAUAAAGCAGUUCUCCUUUGAGACCUGAUCAUGUGUCAAAACAGAGAUCUGCAGUGAUAAUUAAAGGAUUUAGAGAACAGCUCUGCAGCUUUGUGGUUUUACAGGCAAUUAGCUUACAGGACGAACACCGUCAUCUGUCAAGAAAAGUCUUAGCAGCGGAGCCUGGAGGAGCUGUGGGUGGACUUUGACCUCUAUCUUAGAUGCCGUAAAGUGCUUUGUGAUGCUACAACGCAAAGGAAGCACAGUUACAGCUGAAGAUUUAGGAGAAAGGGAAAGGUACACAUAUUUGUGGUUCUUCACCUGCAAUCAACAAACUUUAAGGGCCAUCUGAUAAUCUCUCUCCCUCUUUGCACGAGGAAUGUUUAUGUUAUACGAAAUUAGCAUCACAACUGGCCUAGAUGUUUGUCGAAGGCAUGCAGCGACCGCUAAUCACAGAGCUCCUUCCUUUUCGUCUUCUCUUGGUAUCGUGAGUUGAGUCAUCCCUGUCCUCUGCCCCCGCAGAUCCAGUGAGGGGCCAGGGAUUCCCCAGAAGGCCGAUCCCUUAGAGUCGCUCUGUUUAUUGUUCAUCAGUGGAGGAUUUGAGUGCAGAGCAUUAGAAAUAGAGACUACAUGUUGGUGUGUGUGUGUGUGUGUGGAGUAGAGAACAGGAAAGGUUAGCUCUCGUUCAAUGACAGGAUUGUGAAAAAUCUAACAGCAGCUGUGAUAGAGACAAAACCUCGAGGAAUUCUUGUUAAAGACUUUUUUUCUCUGCUGAAUCCUGUUGGAAUCAAUCAGAGACAGACAGGAGGGAUGACUUCUACAUGCAGUGAGGUGUACUACAACCAGGAGGUGGAAACCCUCUGUGAGUAUCUGUUUGGAUCUACUUUGUGUCUUUUGGAGAGCUCCACUGUGUUGAAGACCGAGAGAGCAAGACAACUGGUUUCCAUUAUGACCAAUCAAGCUGAGGUAUGAUGUAUCCUAUUCAGAUGGGGAUGUAGGAGCAGAGCGCUCUGACAAUAAUGGUUUGACAUUUUCCCCUCUUCUUUCUUUCUUUUUAUUGGAUCGCAAACCUCUUUGUUGACUGGACUCGAUUCAGAAUUUCCUCUUUUUAAGCUCUCUUCAGUUAAAGAAAGAAGUUCUGGUACGAGUGGUUUCAAGAAGUGAUACUUUAUUUUUGUUCUAAGUUACAAGCGCCGCUCUUUCCCCUCCAUGCUUCUUCAUCCUUGGUCCAGCUGGAAAAGCUUUGCCUGUUUAAACAGACCUGAAAACAUUGUGGGCUAACACUUCCCUAUAAACAAAUACUGCGACCCCAAAAUCAAGCCAGUUUAUCUUCUUCGCGGUGAACAUCAGUUACAGCAGAAAUAGUGGGAAAAAAAAGCUGAUGUCAAAGCAAAGACAGGCCUGAGUUAUUGUAACCUUCAGGUGAAAUGUGCAAGUGGAGAAAUAAAAACCAGAAGAGCUGAAGAACUUUACUGUCAAUUUGUGAAGUCGUCCAGAAAAUACACACGAAUUAAUCUACUCCAGUGGUUUUCAAACCAGAGGGAGAGACGGAGUCCUGGAGGCCACUUUCGGGUGUUGAGACGAACCGUCCUCGCUCACCACACAUGCUGUCUCCAUUUGCGCCACAGGGGAGCAGAGCAACCACAGCAAAAACACACAACAGGAAGUCUCCAACAGACACAGCUAUCUCCCCAGUAUAUCCAGGCCAGGCCAGAUGUUCUUUCAGUCACCCUGCUCCUCCUCCUCCUCCUCCUUGUCCCACUUUAUCUCUAUUUUUCUUUACUUCUUCUUCUAUAUCUGUUCCUUCCUCUCCGCUCUUCCUUGAAGACGUGUCACUGAGUCACUCGGCCCGCUGAGUCAUGUAGGUGACUCUCUGAAUCAUCUCCAUAUGUGUUCUGCUAUGAUUGGGUGGCCUUCAGCAAUCAGCCCUGACCUCGCUGAGAUCUUAAAUAAUGCUCACAGCGGGCGAGUCAUGUUUGCGUAGACGUUUUUGGUUACCAUCCACGUGAUUUAAUGUUGUACAAAUAGUUUGACUUCUCAUAGUUGACACAGUCUCGUCUUUGGAGAAAAGCAGUGUGGUGAACACCUGACCAUGAAUACAACUAUUCCCUGAACGCUCUUCUAAAGAAGCGCCUUUUCUGUUUUACUGGGAACACAGCAUGCACACGAAUACACAAGAGAUUAUACAUCCUCCGCCCAACACAGUAAAUCAUGGAGCUCUGCAUCUAAUUGAAUUUAUUUUUUGCUCAAAGCUGCUUUUAAGACUUCGAGGACAACUAAUAAAAUAAAACUCCUACCAUAUAGCAAACUUCUCCUUUCAUCUUUGGUUCCCACAAGAGGAAACGGGGACUUACGACAUCGAUGGGUCAAGGGUUUACACGACAAAAAGAUGUUUAUUGUUUAGUGACAUAUACACGGAAAAAUCUUGUCUUUAUUGAAAAGAGAUAUAGAGCGGGAAUGUUUCAGAUUCCUUGCCCAGAACCCCCCGAAAGGCUGUUCUUCAGGCUUGCCAGACAGCAAAAAACAUUUGUCCUGUUUCCACUCUGGAGAUGUGCCAUCGGCAGAUUUAGGAUCCUAAUCUCAGGAAGAAGAAUUUGUUGAGAGAGGCUCAGUGGUAUGCUGACUGUUUUCUAUCUGCGCUGGCAAUACUGAAAUCUAAAGCUUAAAACAUCUAUUGAUCAUUUAUCGUUUAAGUUAUGAAGCGUAAGGUUGCACAUUUCUAUAAGAAGAUUUAUUGUAUACAAAGUAUGUGCCAAUCUGAAUAAAAGAUUAAAUUUGGGGAUUUGAAAUAUAGAUUUUUAAACAUACAAAAAAGGGUAACACUCUAUUUGACGCCUAUCUCUAUAAUGCAUUAUAAAUAUAUGUUUAAUGUCUUAUAAUCACGUUAUAGCACUGUAUAACUGUAGUUAUAAACUCUCAUAAAUGAUCAUAAUGCUUUAUAGCAAUAAUCAUAACGCAUUAUAAAGCAUUUUAUCAUGACGUGCAAGGUCAGGUAUUAUAAUGUGUUAUAACUGUUAACGUCUCACUGACAAUGCUCACAUAGAUAAUGUAAUGCAACUGUUGUUAACAGUUAAAACACCUGAUAAUACUUAACCUUCUAAGUCAGACCUGGGCAUUUUACGGCCGGAGGGCCAAAUCCGGCCCUUUAGAUGUCCCUGCCUGGCACUUCAUGAGGUCUGACAAUCAAAUCAUCAACAUGCUAUAAAAGUGUGUUGCUUUUAUUUUGAAAAUCUAGCCGUUGUUUUACAGAAGCAAGUUUAAACAUUGGCAAAAUAUAUGUAGACGCCUCAUAGUUGCCAAGUCUUUUUUUGGGCUUGUUUUUUUUACUAGCAGUUGCUUAUUUGGGCUUUUCUGUAUGUGUGAACCCCCUGAUUUGAAGUUGAAGUAUUUGUUGGUUCGGCCCUCCAACACAGUUCAGGUUUCUCAUGUGGCCCCAUGUAAAAAUUAAUUGCCCACCCCUGUUGUAAGUCAUGAUAAAAUGCUUUUUAAUGUGUCAUGAUUAUUGCAAUAAAGCAUUAUGAUCAAUUAUGAGUGUUUAUAACUAUAGUUAUACAGUGCUAUAAUGUGAUUAUAACGCAUUAUACAUAUAUUAAUAAUGUGUUAUAGAGAUAGCCGUAAAAUAAAGUGUUACCCAAAAGGAAUUAAUUUUCCCAAGUACUGUUCAAAACAUAUUACCUGCAGUUUAUACAGAGAUAGAUGUUUUCAUGUUUUACAACGAAACCACAGCCAAGUGAGAGACUGAGCAUUGACAGGAAGGAAACCGUUUCUGCUGAAUGUUAUGAAAAUCUGUCUCUCUGGCCUUCAGCCUAUAUGCUGAUGGAAAAAAAAGAAAAAAACACUGUGCAAUAAAAACAAAAGGAAACAAAUUAAUAGCCUAGUCUUUCCAGUUAAUCUAUAAUAAAGCCACUUUAUCACCAGAAUCCCCAUAUCACCGUAAAACUAUUCUUAGAUAACAGAUCUGUGCAUGCUGUCUGCAUUAGUAGUGUUGUGCAGACAGACGGAAGAUUGCCUGUGGAUCUCUGUUGUGGGUAAACUGGAAACGCAGCAGUGCGAUACAUUUCCUGAGAACACUUCAGAUUUGGAGGAGCUGUCAUCUCUUUCUGAAGCCAAAACUCAACUUCAGUGCAGCUUGUUUCGAUCAAGCUGUGGAUCCUUUAGCAGCUCAUUUUUCUGCAGAGUAGAAGCAGGUUACCACCGAACAAUGAAAAACAGGACGAACAGGAUUUCUGAAGAAUCAGAUCAAUGUGUUUUUAGUGGAGAAUUCCCCUUUAAAAUAUGUUUGAAUAUCUGAACAGAUUUUGAGUGGGUGCAAAAACUUAGCUUAGCCCUGUUAGCUAAAAAGAUGGUGUUUUCUUGGAGAGAUUUGGCUGAGAAUCUGUCCAGCAGAAAUAGUCUCUGUUCGGGAAGCUUUGGAAGUGGAAGUAUUUCAGAUUUUGGAGGAAACUUGACUAGCUGUUUACUACGACAGUGUGUACUAAAGUACUAACAAAGUAACAAGGAGUAGGAGUGAUGUCAGCUGUGUGGCGGUAUUUUUCGUUAAAGUCUGAAAAAGACAUUGCAGCUGAGUGCAGAACUUGUCAUGCACAAGUUUGUAUCAAUAUCGGUAUCGGCCAAUAUUGAAGGCUACAAUAUCUGUAUCGUAUCAAAAGUAUAAAGUUGCAUCGGGACACCCCUGAAAACGACAACAUGAUUUAUUUGCGUUAUAAAUCAGCCAUCAGCAGACCCGCUCUCUAUUUCUAGCAUUAGCAUCUUUAAAGUUUUGGAGGAACACAUUUAGAAAAUGUCAAACUCAGUCCCAGACUUUAUUUGUCUUCUACUUGCAUCACUUCAACUAAUUUGACAAACCGAUGAACAGAUCCCCACUUUCUCUCCUUCCUGUCCCUCCAGGUGGGUUUUACUCAUUUACUCAUCAAAAGGCAAAGACACCAAAAUAACUUUAAAAAACGUUUCUUAUUUAGUCAUGGCUUUAGUUUUGAGGGAUGUAGUGUGAUGUCAGAAAAGAGAGAGCAUUAUCCCUAGUGGAUUGAAGGAUAGAGAUGACUGGCUCACACACACACACACACACACACACACACACACACACACACACACACACACACACACACACACACACACACACACACACACACACACACACACAGGCCCAGACAUAAAUCCAAUACCCUCCUCUGAAACUAACAGUGGGAGAGAGGGAGCAGAUGGACACUCACAAAGACAGAGGAAGGUUAUUGCCUUUUCUCUUGUGUACACACACACAGACACACACACACAGACACACACACACACACACACACACACACUUAAACUCUCUCAUGCACACACACAAGCUGAGAAAAUCAUUCUGCUGCAUUAUUAUUUUGUAAAUAAAAUCUCUUUGAUAAACUGAGGAGCAGACAAACACAAACAGACACAUGCGAACACUCAGCUUCCACUCUUGUGGGUUUUCCUAAUCGCACGUGGUUCGAGAUAGCCUGCUAUUCCCACAAUGUUCCCCAUUCACUUUCUCUGAAUGAGGGGUGUGGCUGCUGAAUGCCUUGGUAGCCACUUGGGGAAGAUAGUCACAUGACCGAGUAGGGGGUGUGGCCAGGGGGAGCAGCAGCAGCAGCAGGCUCACCAGCUGGAGCUGUGAUUGAGAGAGGAAGAGAGUGGGAGAGGUGGAGGGAACAGAGAAGGAAAGAGAAGGGUUGGGUGAGUUGCUAAUUUUUGUGUUUGCCAUGUGCUUUACUGUCUUAUGAGGAGAUAUGUCGGUGAUUGCAGAGAAAAAGGUGGAAAAAGAGGAAGACAGGGGUUUAAGAGAAACAGAGAAGAGAGAGAGAGAGAGAGAGAGGGAGGCUGUUGGUGUCAAAGUUGAUUUGCCAGGUGCGUUGUCUGUGCAUGAAACAUGAAAAAAGUUUUCAAGUUGAAAGUUGGAGCGUUUUCUGAGUGGGAAACUCUAGAAAGAGGAACAAAGCUAAAAUACAGGGACUGUACUUUCCUGUUUCUUUCAUUUUUCUCUCUAUCUUACCACUCUUCUAUUGUUCACCACUCAAAGAGAGUUUGGGGGGUCGAGCACAAGCACUCUCCUCCUUCCUCGCACACUCCCCCACUCACCCCUCUCCUUUUUCUUUCUCCCUUUCCCUCCUAUUGUGUGUGUCGCCAGCUCUGGAGCAUGCAUGGAUAAUCAAUCUGCCAUAAUGGGACUGAGUGUUGACCAAUCAGGAUGGACCUUGAUACUCUUAAAGGUCUCAGACUCUCUCACUCUCUGCAUCUCGCUGUUUUUUUUUUCUCCUUGAGCGCCAGCGCUCGUCACAUCAGAGAGAGUUUCUGGUCUGACUUUGAUCCGGGGCAGUGGAUUAGCCAGGCACUGAUGGAGCCAAGCUGUUUUUGACGUGAUUUAAUUCUGACAAUCCCCUGUGUCCGCUCUCCAGAGAGUUUGUUGCCAAGUUCAAGGAGAGGUGAAGAGUCAAACAGGUCACUACAUUCAGCCCAAGUUUCACUUUUUCCUCAAGACAUUGAAGAUCUCCUCCCCUCUGCAAACUCUUUGUUUCUUUUGGUGGGAAUACACGAAAAAGAGGUUGUGGUUUGUAACUUAAAUGUAGUUUUGUACCUCAGAGGCCAGUGAAGCUUUUGAAACAUCAACCAUCUUCCAUGUUUUGAGUUCAUCACAUGGUCUUACUUCUUCAAAUUGGCAGUACAGUGAGUGAAUAGUUGCUUUGUUGGAUGCUGCACCCAGAAAUCCCUGAAGUAGGACUGGAAAUGGAACUUUCUGGUUGUAGUUUUGAGGCAGGGAUCUGGAUGAAAUCUUUUUUUGCAUCGCUGACAAGCAAAAUAGUAUCUAAAAUCAUGACAGCAUGAAGAUUGAACUCUGCUUCUUCUGCAUACUGCAUAAGAAAGAGCAGAAUCUAAAGUCACUCUUACAGUAUCAUAGCUAGGGCUGGGCGAUAUUGCCAUAUAUCACCAUAUAUUGAGCAGUUCACCUCGAUAACGAUAAAUGGACGAUAACUACUCCACAAGCUGCUCACCCCCUCCAACAUUAACUUCGUCUACUUUAAGCCAUUGCUACAACUUUUGAACCGUCCUCCAUCUCCUCACCUGUCUUUCCCUCUUUGUUACGGACUGGAUGGGGUGGAGUCACGUCUCUGAUGUAGGACAGUGUCUUAAAGGGACAUGAGACCAAAGCCUACCCAUACACAUCCAAAACCAACUUUUAUUUUUUAUUUAUUUAUUUAUUUGACACCAAAUAUAUUGACAUGGGCAAAAUGGUGUCGGUUAUUGUUGUAAAUUUUGGUAUCGUUAAAAUUUCAGUUUAUCGCCCAGCCCUACUCACAACACUGAUUAAGAAUCACUUUAUUUGGGACUUACCUUGGGUUUCCUCUCCCACAGUGGACCAGAUUUCAGUAUCUGUCUGCUUAUGUUACAGCUUGUCUCUUGCACAAUGCAUUGUCUCAUGCAUUAACUGAUGAUUCGCACUUCUACAAGGUUGUUUUUGGCACGUCUUUAAGCUUUUAGGAAGCUCAUUUUUCAAACACCGCUCUAUGCUUUUAUCAAAUGAUUUCUUCUUUGCUCUUCUUUGACAUAUCACCUUAUAGAUGCCUGAAAUGUGAGACAAUUAUUUUCUUUAAAGGGGGAUCAACCCGCUGUUAUGUCGAAGUGUUGAGCUGCUCUUUUGGCCCGUGUUUUUGACCAAAGAAUUUGCCCUGAAGGCAAAAGAGCAGGAAGGAAGAGAUGCAUGAAGAGCGUGUUUUACAGUAAACAACCAGUUUUUUUUUUUAUGAAAGCAGUCUUCCCAUCAUUACUUUACAUUACAUUACAUAGUCCUCCAAGCUAAUUGUUUCCAUGUGUGUUGAAUUUGAUAUCAUCUCAUUCUUUUCCUGCUCCCUCCUCAAGACAGAAAUUUCAUUGUAUAUUUUUACUCAUUUUGGUGUCCCUCAUCGGCACAUUUAAGUAGAAAAUAAUGCGCUGUACAGUGAAAUAACAACACAAGCAUGUCUCACAGACUGCACAGAGGGAGGAUGAUGUUUUCUGUUUUUCAUGUGUGUCACGAAGGCAGGAAGUCAGACAUGUCAUGUCCUGUCAGGGGUGACAGGCUGUGGAUCUGUCAUCACUGAAAAGGAGGGGGUUUGGGAUGCUUUCUUCUGCAACACUGAAGCAGUAUCAUACCUCAAGGCAUUAUGGGUCAUCUGUCAUCGUGCUUUUUUAAUUCUGUGACAUUAAUGUGACUUUACAUUAAGUCUGAUUUCAUCUUGCACAUAAACCUAAUGCUAAUUCAUCACUUCAUUUAUUUUAGAGUGCAGUUUGCAUAAAGGAAUUUUUAAUGGACAAUAUCAAUAUCCAACAUCUCAGUGCAGCUUAUCCUGAAAAGCAUGAGUUGUGUUUUUGUUUAAUGUAAAAUAUACUCCUGCUUUCUUUGGCAGUCAGUGGAAUCACCCACCGAGAAUCUUUGCUGUAAAAAAUGUCGACUAUUUCAGUGCCAUGCUGUUUUCUGACCCCAAAUAGAGGAAUCAAAACUUAGUAUGUGGAAGUGAUCCAAACUUUUGAUUGGUAACCUGGUUGUACCUCAUGUAAAGACAUCUCUUUUGAAUUCAGUUGGUUUUAAAAUUAGUAAAAACAGAAGCUUUAGAAAGUGGAAUUAAAAUCAGAAACUUCCAGUAACAAAAGAGCAAAAGGUUGGUCUUAGAUGUUUUUGGAUUUAUUCACAGUUUAGUAAGAAAUGACAAAAAGACUUGGAGCCUACAGAUGGAGCCUUGUGCUCAUACUUUGCAUUUAUUUUGCCAAUGUCUCUGUACUUUUCCUAAAAGCCUUCAGACACAGACCAAACUUAUGUGCCAAUGGAAAUCACAAAGGCAGUAUACUGAGGGGUGUAGCCAACAGUCCAAGAGAGAAGAAACAACAAUGAAGAAAACAUUUUAGAAUAGUAGAACUUUUUGAGCAGAGAUUGUUUGACAACUUAAGAAAAUGUGAACAUGUUUUAUGUUACUUUGCCAUAGGGCUGGGCGAUAAACCAAAAUUUACAGAUACCAGAAUUUACCGAUACCAUAAUUUACGACAAUAACCAACAUCAUUUUGCCCAUGUCAAUAUAUUCAGUGUCAAAUAAAUAAAUAAAUAAAAGUUGGUUUUGGAUGUGUGUAGGUAGGCUAUGUCCCUUUAAGACGCUGUCCUAUAGACUAGAACUACUUUCUUUAACUUUUCAUACAGUCGAGUGUCAAGAACUUGUUUCCUGAGAUAUCAUGUUUUCUGCUAUAAAACUUGCCAUUAAACACAAUGUAACACUGUGAUUUGUAGUAGUAGUAAUCGUACCAUAAUACUAGGGCUGGGCGAUAAACUGAAAAUUUACAGAUAUCGAAAUUUAUGACGGUAACUGAUGUCAUUUUGCUCAUAUCAGUAUUAAAAUUAAAUAAAUAAAAGUUGGUUUUGGAUGUGUGUAGGUAGGCUAUGGUCUCUUGUCCCUUUAAGAUGCUGUCCUACAUCAGAGACGUGAUUCCACCCCAUCUAGUCCAUAACAAAGAGGGAAAGACAGGUGAGGCGAUGGAGGACGGUUCAAAAGUUGUAGUAGAUGAAGUUAAUGUGGGAGGGGGUGAGCAGCUUGUGGAGUAGUUAUCGUCCAUUUAUUGUUAUCGAGGUGAACUGCUCAAUAUAUCGUGAUAUUUGAGGCCAUAUCGCCCAGCCCUACAUUCAUCUCAUCUUUAAAGAAUUGGAUUAUCUGUGUACUGACGGUCAUGUAGUUCGAGAACAUAUGUGUCCAUACCUCAAAGCAGAGAAGUCAUUUUUGAACUUUUGCUCAUUGACACCUCACCUGGCACUGACGUAUUCAAACCCUCAGGCCCCUUACCCUCUUCAUUCUCGGUGGCUGUGGUUUCCUAAUGCUUGUUUGUCCUGUACCCUGUUCUCUGUAUCUUGUACCACUUCUCUUUCUGCAUGCAGCUGUGGCCAGGCCCUCCUCUCCCUCUUCAUGUUUCUCACAAGUGUUAAAGACUGUGGUUGCUGCCCUGAGAAGCAGGCUCUUCCAAUUGUACUCGGCACCGCAAUGAUUGCCCGGCUGUGUUAAACUCUACUUUCCCAUUUCCUUAGUCUCUGCGUGCUGUAAACGAUCCAAACUCCUGUGGUGGUUUUUAAGCUUUUCUUCAUCAUUAAAGCAUUAAUAUCGCAGCUCACCCUUCAGUAGUCAUGACCAGCCAUGUUCAGCUCUCUCUCUCUCUCUUCAUCUCCUCUCACCCUUUCAAUCUUUUUUGAGGUGUUUUGGGACGGGUCAUUAUCUACCCCACCAGAAGUUUCCGUGUGGAAAGCUGUAUUUCAACACCAAGCAGCAGCACCAUCUGCUUUGCUCCACAUCAGGCCAGGGGUCGCAUUCUCAGUGGGCCGACACCAGUGACAAGGCGGAAAGAUGAAGUGGGCCAUGAGCAUUCUUUAGUCCCUUACUGACAUGUGGAUGUGUGUUGGUGGCAGCUGUAGUAAAAGCUUGCCAAACCUCAUCGCCUUACAUGAUCGGGGGUUGUUAUGAUGGAGAAACAUCUCAGGAUUUUGACUCGGCACGUUUGUUUGAAUCAUGAGUGAGUGAGUGAGACUGAUUUCCUCUUGGAUGAAGAUGACAGCCCUGUCAGACCCCCUUUCCCCCAGCUGCUGUCUGCGGACCUCGCUAAGCUAGCUGGCCAACGCUUUCGAAAAAUCUGAAUGCACUCGAUAAAGAAACGAGAAAUUUACAGUUUUGAGGGAAACUUCAGGUUUAUGAUGGUCCUGAUGGGAGACAUAAGAGGGGAAAUAAGAGCAACUAUUAGAGCAGACUUUAAAAAAGGAGACAUUUCUUGGCUGGCCCUGCAUACGUAGUUAACCCCUUAGACUUAUAAGUGUUAUAUAAUAUUAUAGCUGCCAAUUACAACAGAUCUACAGAGUGGAAAGGAUAGAUUAACAACAAAUGUUGAGUUGGGAGAGAUGCAAUACAUCAAUUCAUUGGAUUUAAGAUUUUUCUGUGUGUUGAAAUGAAACCCCUUAUUAUGAACAGUCACAAUUUCAGGUUAAUUUCUGUAUCCCACAGAUGUCUGCUUUUUGAAAGUGAAAGAAGUCAAAAGGAGUAAAUGCUAAUCAUGGUAAAUCUCAUCUGUAUGCACCAUUACAAGGCCCUAUAACUGUGAACUCAUACAGAAAAAGCUCUUAACUACUAAGUGCUGUUUUAAAGUAAAGUCAUAUGCAUGUUUCCUUUUACAUAUGUUAUUUUCCGAGCAUUCACAUUCACCGAAGGUUUAAACUGCCUUUCUGCUCUGCAAAGCUGGCUGUGUGUCCUCAUGCCACUUGUGGGUGUUAGCCACAGAUGUCAAAAAGUCAGAUCGAUUUGACGUGCAGCAAGAAAACACAAGAUAGUCUAGCUCCAUACCUCCGGAAGUUGUUUAAAGCCUUUCAAAAUAAAAGCAAAUAUACCAGGAUUAUAUUUCUUUUUACAUCUGAAGUUGAUUUGAAGCCUUUCAAAUGAAAAGCGAUUACAUCGGGAAUUUUCCUUGGGGCUUUAUUUUGUGUAUAUAAUGUCAAUAUGAUUUUUUGUGUAUUCAUGUGUUCUAAAAAAACACAAUACCAAAUGGGAUGACCACUGAAAACAAACUUGUGCAUGUGAGAAAAAACGUCACCUCGGGUCCGCUUAGUAGAGGUCUAUAGCCAGACCCCUCUCAGAAAAUAAGCAGGUGGGAUAGAUCUGAAAAAAGUAAUAUUUCCUAUUGAAAUAAGUGAAAUAAGUGGUGAAACACUCUAACGUGCCAAGGUGCCAAUAAUAUAUUAUCAUUUCCCAAAAUCGGUACAUAUUUUCCUUACUGUCCUCGUAAAACUUCCCCAUAAUAUUCUGAUGAAGAUAAUUUACUGUACAAAUGAUAAUCAGUCAGUCAUCUCGUUCUGUCAUCUUUUCUCUGUAUCCUAUACCUUAACUAGACAACAGCAGGCAUAAAACUGAAUCAUCUCCUCCUCCUCAGUGGAAGCCACUAAGAGGAGGAGGAAAUAUCAUCUCCGGUUUAAAAGAGAAAGAGAAUAGAAGACACAUAGACACACUAAGGAAAGGGAAAUGAAGUUCAUCCAGAGAUACAGAAGGGCAGAGAUGUGAGCUCUUACCUCAUGGGAACCUUUCCUUAUUUGUUUAUUAUAUUUUUAAAUGACAGAGCUAGAUUUCAGUUUUUUUUAGGCCAGAAAGCAGAUAUGAAACUUUCUUUUUCAAAAGCUUAACCUCCAUUUGAAUAAGUAGACAGCUUUUCAAUUGUAGGUAUAGAAAACAUGUCCAAUUUUAGGAAUAAAGAAUCACUUGAAAAAGAAAAACAGGCAGUGCAUGCAAGAGGAAAAUGUUUCUAUUCAUAGAAACAAUUUCAUUAUUGUAUUACAGUUGAGGUCUCAAUUUAGUCAAACUGUAAAGUGCAGAACAACAACAAAAGCCCCCUCAUAAUUCAUCAGUACAAACAUUAUCUGAGAGCAACGUUUAAAGAAGUGAAGUUUGAAAUCAGAACUGAAAAUGCAUUAUGGUCAACAAGAAAACCGUCCCCCACUGGCCAGCUCUUUAUGCAGAGUGUCAGUCAUCAACCACAGCAGUGAAACUGCUUGGCUCAUCUGCAAUAAUUACAUGUUUGGCCUGCCAUGAAUCAUUUUAUUGGUUUUCUUUUUUGGUCUCUGCCUCCAAAACCCCCUGUUUUCUUCCCUUUAUUUGCAGAGAAUAUUUACCCCACUCAUAUUUCAAUAACACACACACAUAAACACACAUAAACACACAUACAUGCACGCACACAAAAAGUUUUCCACUUUAAUUUCAAGCAAGGCUGAAAAGUGAUAUAAUGGCACAUGGGGAUUGAAGAAAAAACAAUUUCUUUUGUUCUGGGACAAUUUCUAGAAAGACAGCAAAGACUGUGUGAGACUUUGGCACGCUUAACCGAGUGAAUAAUAAAUGUGGAUUGGAUAUGAUGCGCCUGAUGGAAUUUUAAUAAAAGCCUUGAAAAGGGAGUGCAGAGUAAUGUGUGGGUCUCAAGGGGGAUGAAUUCUCUGGUACAGUAAAAUGGUGAAUAAUAUCUGAUUUAAGGGAAACGCUUAGUUUUCCAAGAGGGUUAGAUUUAGAGGUCAGUUUAAGGAGAAAAGAAGGGAAACAAAAGUUUUACGAUUUUGACUCAAACUACAUGCUAAAUGUUUCCAUGUCAUAUUUCUGGAAAGGCCAAAGCAGGACAAGAGUUUCUCUGAACUGUGUCUUGUUUUGUGUGGUAACAAAAGAGAUUUAUAAGAUCCAUAAUUAGGGCUGGGCGAUAUGACCUCAAAUCACCUAAUGCUAAUGCAUCACAUCAUUUAUUUUACAGUGCAGCUGCAUAAAGGAAUCUUGAAUGGAAAAUAUUAAUAUCUAACAUCUCAGUGCAGCUUGUCCUAAAAAGUAGGGCUGGGCGAUAUGGCCUCAAAUCAAUAUCACAAUAUAUUGAGCAGUUCUUCUCGAUAACGAUAAAUAGACGAUAACUACUCCACAAGCUGCUCAGUCCCUCCUACAUUAACUUCGUCUCCUCACCUGUCUUUCCCUCUUUGUUACGGACUGGAUGGGGUGGAGUCACGUCUCUUACAUAGGACAACAUCUUAAAGGGACAUGAGACCAUAGCCUACCUACACACAUCCAAAACCAACUUUUAUUUAUUUAUUUGACACAGAGUAUACCAAUAUGGGCAAAAUGACUUCGGUUAUUAUUGUCGUUAAGUCUCGGUAUCAGUAAAUUUUGGUUUAUCGCCCAGCCCUAGUGUGUCCUCAUGUUCACCUAAGGUUACUGCAGACAAAAGGCUCGAAACAGAAAAUCAGUCUGAUUGAUGGUGGUAUCUGGAUAUCAGUUGUACAUACUGCACACCUAAACCCCCCAAACUCUCAUAACCAGGUCCUGACACUGAUUAUAUUGAUAUGGGCAAAAUGAUGCAGGUUAUUGUUGUAAAUUUUGGGUUUAUCGCCUAGCCCUAUCCAUAAUGAGCAAUUGAUACACGAGUAGUAAUAGUUUAUCACUUUUGUAACAGUGCUAGCUAUAGAAAAAAAAAGCUUACUCUGCCUUAUUGUUUAGAGUUAUAUGUUGCACACGGCAUCCUGGGGAUGAAAAUUGCCAUCUUGGACGCCUUAAAAAAGAUGAGCCACAGUUAUUUUAGUAUCUUAUCACCACAAAGUUUGGUGAAUCACAGAGACAGAAGGAGGCAAAGUGAAAGCAUCAGAUGACCGUUUAUUUUAACCAAAAUUAUUCCCACAUGUUGGCUUCACUUGGUUUCAUUUUUGAGCGUUUCCUUCCUGUCAACAUCUUUAAACUGUAUCCCCCAACUGAUGCAUUCAAGUUUGAACCAAGUUAACCCUGAUGAUACAGAGAUUAUCCCCUCAGAUUAUACAAAAAUCCAUUCAGAGGCUCCAACACUAAACUUUUUAGUGUGUUUCACUCAUUUAGCCGAGAACCACGUGACAACUGACAUUCAUAAACUGUGUGCGAAGUUGAAGUUGUACCAGUUUAGCGGUGACUACCUUCAGCGCAGAUGUAAAUGCUGUGGUUUAGUCUGCUGUGACAACCUUGCUUUACAAACAGGAAACCAACAUUAACUGCUAAUGUGGGGAAAACGCACAACAGUAUGAUCAACAUUUACAGCUCUUUUUUUAGAGCUUUCAAACACAGGUACAGGUAAACACUAACAGGACACCAGUGGGUUUGUCUUUACAGCCUGAUGUCGACCUCUAAAAUGGGAGGAAUCACUUCUACUGAGGCGACUGAUGAAUCUUUAAAAGCUCUCAUUCAAGUGCGAGUGCUAUCAUUUGCAUGAAUGGAUAGAUCCCAUCAAAGAGACAUCUCCAGCCCUUUAACUUCAAAGUGAAGCCUGAACUCGUCCUCUCCAUUCAUUGAACAAAGCUCUCAGAUCGGCUAAUCCUAAAGUUUUGAAUGUCAUAAGAUUAGAAAAAAAAGACAUCUGACAGGUUUAUUUGUUUGGGUUCGACAAAAUUGUUCUCAUUUGAAUUCGUGAUGAGUUGAUAUUAAGGCAGGCCAAGUAUCUGAAUGUGUUUUCUCAUUCAGGGGUCAGUUUAGGGUCAUCGGUGCACCUGUUCAGCCUGCUGCUCGGCUCAAAUUCCCAUUUUUUCAUUUGGAUGAGCUGUUCGCUCUGCUGGCACACAGCAACUUGGUUCAGUUUUUUUAAAAACUAAACACAAUUUGAAGCGAUCUGUUAUGCUGUAUCUGUUAGGUCUGUCUGGUUCAAGAACAGUUCGCAAUCAACGUAAAAUUACUGAGUCGUGAUCUGAGUCACACUGUACGUCUCUUUGAAAUAAGGUUACUCACUCAGAAAUGGCUCGUAAGGCCUUAAACACUCUUGGUUGUGGGACAUGAUAAUGCUGGGGAGCAGAUGUGACUCAGAAGGACACGUUGAAGGUUUUUGAGUUCACCAAAUAGCAGAACUGUCGCUCUGGUGCAUAAAUAAAAUGUGUGAAAGAAGAUUGCUAAUGGCCACUUCAAAUUUCACCAUGAGGAGAAAAGUAGAGAAUAAAAGUGCACAGUUGGAAUAAGCAGCAGGGUGGUUGUCAGACUGCAUCAAAUAUCACCUCUUCUUCUGCAUUGCUGUUUCUUCUUCUUCUUGGUUCUGUUUUGUGUGUCUCGUAUUUGCCACUUCUUGUUACCACGCCUGUUUAUUUGCUUCUGCUACAGUGUGUAGCAGGAGCAGUGUGUUUUCUAUUCUUAGAUAGCAGCCUUGUAAGCCAGAUGGCCCAUGGCUGGCAUGGUCACAGCGCCCAGGAGGCAGCUUGGCUGCAGACCUGGAGAAUGCCAUUAAAACCGUUCUGCGCUCUGUCACUCAAGAAGCUGCUGAUGUAACUGAACCCAAACGGAGUUCAUUGUGGGGUUACCCAGAUGACACUUUGUAAACAUUUGCAAACACAUCCAAAGCCGUAAGAUAAAUUGAUCCUAAUACACCUGGAUUAUUGUCUCACUUUCAACUUGCAUUUCUUUGUCUGGUUUCCUGAGGACAAAUAUUCAGUCUGAAUCGGCUGCAGCCCAAUAUCAUGAGGGUUCACAUUUCAGUGUAGAGUAAACUGAGCUCCUGGAUGACAGGGUUGCUUUUGACUUAUAAAAUGAUCUCUGACUUUUGUAGAUAUUUUUUUAUGAAUGUACUAAGUUUAUAGCCAAGCUGUCAUGUUUAAGAUCAAUCACUAGUUGCUCUUAAGUCUGAGAUCUGCUACUCCUUCACAACUGAGCCAACCUUUGUUUUUAUCUUACUUUGAGAGGACAACACGGUUAUUUCUUCUGCUUUUGGUUUUUAUGAUGUGCAAAUAUGUAAGAGAUCAGGCUAGGGCUGGGUGAUAUGUUCGCAAAUUUCGCAAUUUCCUGAUAUAUUGAGCAGUUCACCUCAAUAAUGAUAAAUGGACGAUAACUACUCCACAAGCUGCUCACCCCCUCCCACAUUAACUUCGUCUACUUCAGCCGCUCCAACUUUUGAACCGUCCUCCAUCUCCUCACCUGUCUUUCCUUCUUUGUUACGGACUGGAUGGGGUGGAGUCACGUCUCUGAUGUAGGACAGCGUCUUAAAGGGACAUGAGACCAUAGCCUACCUACACACAUCCAAACCAAGCUCUUAUUUAUUUAUUUUUUGACACCGAAUAUACCGAUAUCGGUAAAAUGACGUGAUUGUUGUAAAUUUCUGUAUUGGUAAAUUUUCGAUUUAUUGCUUAGCCCUAGAUCAGGCACAUCUAUAAAUUUAAAUUUAUAUGUGAAAUUUCUAGAUAAAGCUUGUGAUCUUGUUGAGUGUACAGACUCGUUUACAUUUUCCAGUUCAAAGGUGGUGAGUCUUUUAGGAUGUGCCUUUGACUUUCAGUCCACCUCAGUGUGCAAAUGUGUGUUAUUUGUCAGUUAAGUCCCAGUGCCCUAAAAUUUAGCACCCAUAAUGCUGCAAAGGAGGCACAAAGUGCUUAUUACCAACACUUUUCCCAGGCCAAAGUCAGAGUCCCUCAGAGCAGAGAAGAGUUUUACCGUUUCCUCCAAAUCUUCAUUAGAAACUGGAAAAUUAAUGCUGUCAAGUCAUCUUACAAACCUCCUUUUGAAUCUUUGUCCUGCAUUCAAACACAACUCAAAAGCCAACAUCUCCACUUGUUUUUAGGGGCAAAUACAUAUUGAUGCUUUGAAUAUAGUACACCCAAAAAAACAGAACUACUGCAGACACAGAAAACCUGUUUUUGAAAAUGUGAUGGUGAGGAUUUAGAGAGUAUAGCUAUCUGCUUAACUUCAGGUAAUUGUGUCAGUGGUUUGUUGUGUCUCUGACUGCAAACCUCAUACAUACAACACCACAAGUUUGUGUCACAGCACAGGAAACGUGAUCUCCUCCUCCUCCAUGAAGACGAGUGUGUGUCUGUUGCUGCUGCUGCAGGCACAUACUUAGGUGGAGUUGUGUUUUUAAGUUCGCCGGUUGUAACGGUGUCUUGGCAUACAGUCGUCAUCUGUGAGGUUAUCAAGGUGAGGUGAGCUGUGAUUUGUUGCUGACAGUUCUUUACUACAACAUGAUCUAUCCUCUCUGUCGUCCUUAUUCUUUUUGAUCAGGAAAUUCAGCAAUAUGCAAUAUGCGGCUGCACUGCUUUGUUUAGGAGGAGAAUCGUUUCUUUUCUUGUGGGCUUUCUCUGUUAACAUGAGGUGGUUGCUUGUCAGAUUUCAUGCAGCAGAUAUGCGCCAGUUCUUUUAAGAUUUAUAGGUUAUUUUUACAGUUUACUGUGUACACUUGAUUAAGAACCAUGGUGGUAAAAAUAGUUCUCUUUCUUGCAUUUACACUUGAAUGUAGAUGUACAGUUUUUGUGUUUAUCCACAUCAGCACAGGUGAACAGAUGCGUCUCUCUGUUGGGUUUUUGGAAAGAGAGUAUAAAUGACACAACAGUUUAUUACCUCUCUCUGCAGCUCUGUCUAACGGCAGAGUUUUGAGUCUGGUGUAUCCUGUUUCACACAGGAAACGAGCCGCUCAUAUCUGCGUCCUCUAUCUCGACACUUUUCGUGGUGUUUUCUGCAGCUGAUAUGAUUUUUACAGGCAUCUGUGAACCAGCUAAUACAGCUACAUUUAUCAUGCAAUUAACUUCUUUCUGUAUUUCUUCUCCUCUUUAAUGUUCAUCUCUUAGGGUCAGAGGUCAAUCUGAGCCACAGCAACAUGUCUGAGUCUGCAAAGCCCCACCACCUGAACCCACAGGGUAAGGGAGAGAAGAGCCAUGGCAACGACUUCGGCUACGUGGGAAUAGACGCCAUCCUGGAGCAGAUGAGGAGGAAGGCUAUGAAGCAGGGUUUUGAGCUCAACAUCAUGGUUGUAGGUGAGUCUGGCAUAUUGUAGGCCAACAAAGAUUGGUGGUGGAUUUCUAACCGUUCUGUGAAGACAUCAGCUGAAGAGCAAAGAUGUUUCUAUUGACCGUGAAAUGAUUAUCAAAGCUUCCCCUCUUCUUCUUCUUGCUGCGAAGCAAAAGUAUUCUCCGUGGUGAUAUUAAGACAUUGUGUUGACAUUUGUAUUUCAUGCUUGCACAGUAGGACUUGGCUGCUCAGCUCACUAUAUGGCAGGGCAGUUUCUCCUACAGGUCUGAAGUGGACAUUUGAGAAGUUCAUUGACUUUUAUAAGACUCUCUGGGGGCCACAUUUGUUAACAGAGCUGUCAAUCAUGGUACGACAUGGCUUUCUAGCAUUAAAUAACCUAUUCAAACAAAAACUACAUUACUUAUAGGGGCAAUGUCCUCAACACUUGCCUCUACUGGUUGCUGAGUAAAAGAAAAAGAACUAACUUCUGACAUGUGGUGUGAAAUAAACUGAUGUCCAAAAAUGUGUCCAGAAUUGAAACAUCUUCUUUUCCUCUUAAGCACAGGAACAAAUAUAAUAAAGAAAAACGGCUAAUUCCACGAACACAAGUCCACACUCCAACAGUCAAAAGACUGUUUGUCUCUCCCCAUCAGCAACACCUGCUGCUGAUUACCACCCUACCCAAGUAACCUGGCCACCAUGACCCUUGAACCUGGGCGUGGCUUGAGAGUGAUGUCACAGCAUGGGGAAAAAUAAGAAAAUUAUAAUAUGGCUCUUACAUUACUCUUAAAAUAAUCCUAAAGUUUGACCCAUGCCCCAUCUGUCAACAAAGGAUGUGUGAAACAAGAAAAACUAGAAAAGUCUUGCUUCGUUCCAUGUCACCCCUCAUGUCUGUUUUCACUUAAUAUUAGACUAUUGAGCCACUUUAAAAAGUGUAAUGUCCCUGUUAGUUUCCCCUUAUAUUCAGUUUAUUGUUGUAUUGUUAACCCUACCCUUGUAUCCAACAAGUUACACAUAUACUGUAUAUACAGCUUAUUUGCAAUGGCGAGACAACCUUCACUACUACCAUUUAGUACCAUGACCUCAUUAUGCUGAAGUUGCCUGGGUGGAUGAUGUGGCAGCAAACGACUCUUUAAAAGGUCAAUACAUGUGUUUAAGUGUUUAUGAACUGCAUACAAAAAGACAUUUUCUGUGAGAAAGGAGGACCAAGGUUGGUACGAUGUAAAAAUGUGCUCAGCUGCUCCCAUCAAGCCUGACUUUGAGCUUGACAUUGAACAUGAAUAUGGUUUCAUGUAAGAUAAAACUAACACUGAUGUGCUUCGAGGGCUCGAGGCUGUAAUUGCUUCCAAGUGUUUGCGUCAGUGACUCAGUUCUGCGUCUAGAGAGGAGGAGAUCUGAUGGCAACCCUUUGAAAGAUUUUCACUUUAGUCAGCGACAGAAGAAAAGAAAUAGAACAAAGACAAGCUGGGUUUGUUUACACAUUUUGCUUAACUGCAGAUUUCCCUUCCUGGUGAAUACUUUUAUUUUCUUGACUGCUUUUAUUGUAAAUCUUGAUCCUCCGCUGCUGCUGCUGCUGUGUGUGUGUGUGUGUGUUUGCAUGUGUUCUGCUGAGAGUCAGCCAGCAUGGUGCUUUCCUUAACAAGCUUUGUAUCCCCGUGAUGUAACAAUCAAUCAAGCACACACAUGACACGCGUGCAUGCUUUAGUGGAUAGGAAGAGGCUGUAAGGCUGGAAAGAGUGGCUUUGUAAUGGAGAUUACUCAGUAAGGCUAAAGCUUCCACACACAAUGACAAUUAGAUCCCAUCAUCAAAUCUGUCUGCACACUCGUUUAUCCCUGAGUGGUUGUGGAAACAUGCAUGCAUGCAGGCUGGCACACACGCUGUUUUCAGAGACAGGGGUGCCGAGCAGCAUUUUAUCACACACAGGAUCUACUCAAAGUGUUUAAUAUUUGUAGGGCUACAAAGUCUCACCCCCAAUUUUCACCGCAUCCGGAACGGCUCCGACCCGAAACGGCAGUGAUUUUCACUGUCCGCCAAUUCCUACCAGAUCCGUUUGAGAGGCGAAUUUCGUGGCGGAUUACUGACAGCAGGAAUCCCGAGGACUCACAAGAACCCCUGGAUUCACAUGCAAUCACGUGAUAACAAGUUGUCUUUAGCCACAUAGGCUAACCAUGUAAGCAGUAGAUUGUGUCCUUCUAGAGGAGGAAAUCUACUUCUAGACUUCUAGAAUCAGCAUCUCCUCAUCCAUGGUGUCAUCGGGGUGAAAUGCUGUCCAUAAACCUUUGACUUGUUUGUCCGUGAAAUACGAUCCGCCUGAAACACGGAGUGUUUUAUUUUGAAAAGAAUCCGGAUGUUUUAUUUUGUGUCUGUGUCUGACUUCCUUUCCAGCACAGGUUUAUCUGUGCUGAAUUUAUCCGGCAUACUCCGGCGUCCAGAAAAACUUGAAAACUUGCUAUCAGCUGCGGAUUCUGGUGAUCCGCAGCGGAACGGAAAGAAGCCGGUGGAAACUGACACAUUAACUUGAAUGAUUACGAUCAGUGGAUACGGCCUUUUCGUAGCCGUUCUGGAUGCGGUGGGAUUAGUCGAUUGGUCAACGUAUUGGUCGAUACGUGCUGAGGCGACCGUAAUUCUCAUUGGUCGACUCAGUUUUUUCAGUCUAUGGUUAAUUUCAUCAGGAGGAACGUACCAAAUGCUAAUGUUGCUAAUGGGGGUGUUUUCAGCGCACCCCUGUUUCAAUGGUAAUGGCCUGUCUCUGAUCAUCCCCCUUUGUUUUCACCAUUUUGGAGUCACUUAACCCACUGGAGACCGGCUAGAGACAGGAGGAUUAGAGACAGUCCAUGUUAAGCAAAUUGCGGUGGUCUGCUAAAUGUUUAUUUUUAUUUUAAGCAUUUCAACCUGCCUUCUGUGUUUAACUGCUGUUUAAAUGUUUAAGUCUUGUGCUGAUAUCAGUACAUUUUCCCCCCGACGAGCCGCGUCGUCCCCAGCCGCAGAAGGGUUUGCCAUUAAAAAAAAUCAUAUUAUGAAAUAUUUGAUGAGUUUUGGCCCUGCAGAGCAGAGUUUUCGGCACACCUUAGAGGGCAUGUAAGGACAACUUCAUUGACUGAUACUGUCAACAAAGCAUGCACGGUGAUGAAUCCAAGUAUCAGACAGAGUUUUACUGCAAACUUUACACUAUAACACUCUGAGUGUUUGACUGUGGAAAGAGUACCAUCUAACUGCAGUUCUGCAUUUUCACUGACAUGUUUUCACUUGUUAUCUUUGGCACCUCCAGGACAAAUAAAAUACGAGAUAAGAGAUGAUAUAACCAUAUACUGUGAAUAAUACUCUCACACUGUGCACACUAGAGUACAAUGACAUAAAACCUCACAAUAAGGAAAGAACAACAAAGUGUUGCAACCUGCAUGAAGUUAUUCUGAUUGCCUGAGGGGGCUUGAAUAUGCAACACUCCAUCAGCAUUUCAAGUUCUUCAGCGUGAUCUGUCGACAGGUAGUUGCCUAACACCUCACUGAAGGCCAGUUUUGACCUGCCUCUUGUGUCUGAUCCAUAAAAUCCUGAGAAGAAAAUGUUCAACCCUGUUUGGCUGAGUAGAUUAUAGAGGUGUUUACCGUUUCGAAACCUGCUUUUUUACUUGUACUAGAAGAGCAGGAUAAAAUGGGAUGAAGACGCGAAUUUGAAAACUAGGGCAUCUUUUGUAGCUGAACAAAAAGUUGCGUUGGCUGUCGGCGUGGUCACUCGGAAGGAAUGUGAGGACAUGAAAGGUUAGAGCAGCUGUCAUCUUGGCACUGACCACUAUGCUCUCCUGUUUGAGAUGUUGUUGCCUAAUCCCUGCCCUCAGCCAACUGACCUUUACAUUUCCACCUUGCAGAGAGGGCAGCUAAAGGGUGUCUCGGUGCGGAUGUGUGUGUGUGAGGGAGAGAAGGUGAACUCAGUAGAGAGCAUGCAGAGUGAGUGUGAAAGGGCAAAUGUAUGCGAGUACACGACCAAGAGUGAGAGAGUAAGUGAGGUGCAAAAGGCCGCCCCCUGGGUGUCACAAUGUCACAGAGGGUCUGGCUGCUUGGCAGCCCUCCACACGACACAGAGGGUGCCUUCAGGGGCCGUGAACAGACGACAGAGGGGAAAUAUGGAGGGAAACUGGGUCUCAAAAAGGGCAGAAAGAGGACGUGAACUGAGGCAGAGCUGAAUGAUGAUGACGCAGGUCUCUAGAAAGGUAGAACAAUAAUAAUGAUGAUGAUGAUGAUGUAGAGUUACUGACCACACAUUACAGACACCAGUAUGUCAUCAAUGAGUGGAGGACUGACAUUUAUUUUAAUGUUUUGCACAGUUGAUGUUUGAUUUUUUUUUUUCUGUUUAUACAAUGACAUGACCAUAACAGUUUUAUAUGAGAUUAAAUUACAUUUGUUUUAGGUUAAUUCAUUUUAAUAUGUAGUAUGUUAUAUGAAGUGAGAGGAAGAUUAAAUUGACACACUUGUUGGAAACAGGACCUCAUCAUUCACCUCUAUCUCUACCACGUUGAGAUAAGAACAUGUGUUGUCUACGUUGUGUACCAAAAAUACUGUAAACUCACUGUAAGGGAAUCGGUCCUCUGUGAUUUGACUGAACUAAUGUUAAUUUGAAUGGUUUCUUUUGUGUGUGUGUGUGUGUGUGUGGUCCAUCAAAUACAUCUGUCCUCUUGGCCUCUGCAGACCCUGCAGCUGUCCUGCUAUUGUCAUGGAUCAUUAACAUGCACACAUUCACACACUCUUGCUCUCUAUGUAACCCGUACAUUGAAGCUGAUCUCAUGAGCAUACCCAAUCUUCGGUAUUCUUUUAAAAGAAGCUCAUAUCCUUGUGUUUCAGUCUUUGGUGAUUUUGUCUCUGACUGUGUGUCUUUGUGUUUCCCCGAUCAGGGCAAAGCGGCCUGGGAAAGUCCACUCUCAUGAACACCUUGUUCAAAUCCAAAGUGAGCCGAAAAUCAGUGCAGCCUGACCCAGAGGAGAGGAUUCCCAAGACCAUCGAGAUCAAGUCCAUCAGUCAUGGUUGGCUAACAUGCAUGUUUAGUACCAUGAAGCCGUUUAACGCUGUAGGUGUGAAGAGGAAAUACCAACAAAUACUUUUCUUUUCCCAGAUAUUGAAGAGAAAGGGGUGAGGAUGAAACUGACAGUAAUCGACACUCCUGGCUUUGGGGAUCAGAUCAACAAUGAAAACUGGUAAGCAGGCGACUCAUUUGAUUUUAAUCCCCCAAAGUCCUCCAGUUAUUCAGAAUUGAUAUGAAUAUAAAAUAGCAGAUGUAACUUUGCAGGAAACUGAACAGCUACUAUUGAUUACUACUUUUCUUACUUCAUUAUAGUUUAUCGUUAAACACUUCUUUAGCAAAGAAGUGUUUAAACACAAUUUAGCUGAUCUGUCCCCUUUCUAUCCUCAGCUGGCAGCCCAUUAUGAAGUUCAUUAACGACCAGUAUGAAGCGUAUCUACAGGAGGAAAUCAACAUCAACAGGAAGAAGAGAAUCCCAGACUCACGGGUUCACUGCUGCAUAUACUUCAUCCCCCCCACAGGACACUGGUAAGAUCACACGUUAUUAAAAACACACACACCUUCUGACUAAAUGCUCUUUUUCUGUUCCUCAUUUGACCAGCUUCUCCCACACUCUGCACACAUGAAUCAGGUCUUCUGGGAAUCUCCCCCCAUGACCCAUUGUCUGUCCUCAGCUCUUUAACAGCCAGUCCUUGUCCUGCUUCUCCUUUUCAUCUCUUUCUUUACUAACCACAUGUGGAACUCAUUCAGAGACACAGAAGUAUUAUUUGCAGAGUCGAAUUUCACGGAGAAAUGGAGUCUAAAGUUCUCAUGGUCAGGGGGAAGUUUAGAGACAGAGAGUAACUGCAAGUGGCUCAUUUUGGGUGGGAGGUCCUGGGCUGGUAAAAAGGAUAAAGAAUUUCACCCUACCUAAUGAUAGGCUCAGUGUAGGAGUGUCCCUAUACAACUUUUUAACUUCUGAUACAAUACUGAUUGUAGCCUUCUAUACUGGCCAAUACCAAUAUUGAUCCAAUAUUAGCUCAAACUUAUGCAUGACAAGUUUUGCACUCAGCUGCAACAUCUCUUUCGGACAUAUAUAUAUCUGAGUGCAUAUAUCAGAGAUUUUAGAUGCAGGCUGAUAUAAUCCAAUAUUUUUAUUUUUUUUUAAUUUUGCUGUUAUCGGACCGAUAUCCGAUAUCAAUAUCCGAUUGGGACAUUCCUAAUAUCAAGCAUAUAAAUUGUACAUUUGAAUCACAACUGACUCUAUCAGUGAACAAACAGAUAACACAUUGCUGUAAGUGUAGUUGACAUGUAGCUUCAGUGUAUCGUCUUUGGAGACUCAAAUAGCCCUUCUGGAAAGUAAACCCUGUUUUGUAGUCUAUAUUAUCCAGUAGUGUGUCCUAGGGCUGGGCGAUAUGGCCUCAAAUCAAUAUUACGAUAUAUUGAUCUAAAUUCAUGAGAGUCUGAAGCUUGGUCUGUGCUUCUUGUGCAUACUGCAUAAGAAAGAGCAGGAUCUAAAGUCACGCUUACAGUAUCACGACUAGGGCUGGGCGAUAUAACCUUAAAUCAAUAUCACGAUAUAUUGAGCAGUUCAACUCGAUAACGAUAAAUGGACGAUAACUACUCCACAUACUGCUCACCCCCCCCACAUUAACUUCAUCUACUCCAGCUGCUACAACUUUUAAACUGUCCUCCAUCUCCUCACCUGUCUUUCCCUCUUUGUUACGGGCUGGAUGGGGUGGAGUCACGUCUCUGAUGCAGGAUAGCGUCUUAAACGGACAUGAGACCAUAGCCUACCUACACACAUCCAGAACUAACUUUUAUUUAUCUAUUUGCCACCGAAUAUAAUGACAUGGAAAAAAUGGCGUUGGUUAUUGUCAUAAAUUUUGGUAUCAGCAAAUUUUCGGUUUAUCGCCCAGCCCUAAAUCAAACCAUAUCUAAAAUCAAAGCAUUGUAUCCUGCCUGAGGAAAAAAAAACUAUGUUUCCUAUGGUCACUAAAUGUCACUAAAUUUUGGUUUAUCGCCCAGCCCUAGUGUGUCCUCAUGUUCACCUGAGGUUACAGCAGACAAAAGCCUCGAAACAGAAAAUCAGUCUGAUUGAUAGUUGUAUCUAAAUAUCAGUUCUGUAUUGUACACAUGUACACCUAAACCCCAAAACCCCCAUAUCCAAGUUCUGCAAACACCUCUAUGACGGCUUCAUAUUACAGAUCAACCGCAAACUCAACAGUUGUCCUCUUAAUGCUUUCUGUGUGAGUGGGGGAUGAUAUGUGUGUGUCUGUGUUUCCCGUUGUUUGACAGACCCCCUCAUCAUCUGCUCUUGUCGCCACAGCUGCUUCAUGAAUGUGUGUGUGUUUGUGUGUCUUUGUCAGGCAAAGCACUGAGUGUAGUGGGCUUAAGUGGGCAGGAGGGGUGGGCUUGCUAACACUUGUUUAGAUGCACUUGUGCGGAUGCCCUGAAUGUGUUUGUGUAUCAUCUUGCUUACAGCUGCUCAGUUCAGACAUCUUGACAACACCCAAAUUGUUUGUUUUCUCUCUCUUUUUUAAUUUAAUUGUUAUUGUCAUUGUCCUUUAAUCGAGGUUUUUUUCAGAGUGUCACUGCUUCACCAGACACCCAAGCACACUCAUUUUCCCUUAAAGCAAAUGAGAGAACAGAGGAGACAUCUGUUGUAGAUAACGUCAUGACCUGACAUGGACUCUAACUUUAAUUUUCCCUGUUAAAUAUCGCACAGUAAUCUCUUUUGAAAUUCUAAUGAAGUGCAUGUUAACAAUUACACACAGACCACAAUCCAUGCACAGCGAGCAGGAAAUUGAUGACAGAACGUCCCUGAUAGUUCCUUUUCUGUUCUUAAAUAUGAGUUUUUUUUAAUAUCAUCGUCGUGUCUAAAUCCUUUUCAACAGGGGUUUGUAUUAUUGAGUCCGUAAUGUACUUUGCAUGUAGGCAAUUUGCUUUAAAGUCGCGUCUGUGGUUUCAGAUAGAGGAGCAGAGUUCAGCCGAGCAGAACACAGACUUGGCAUCUGCAGUUAUUUCCUAUAAUGGCAGCGUCAGCCAUUCCCCCUGCAGGCAUACUUGUUGUUACCUCAUUUAACACAUCUUCCUGAGAGAGAAAGAGGCUGAACUUUGACUCUCCUCAAAAAGCCUUGUGUUCUGAUCUAUAAUAGAAAAAUAAGGAGGAGGGAUCUUUCUGCUCUGUGGUUUUCCAUUCUCUACAAUUUGACCACAGAGCUUAUUGUUCUUUAUUUAUUUAAACAUGAGGCCCUUUUUCUUCCAGACGACAUAUGAGGUUUUUUUUGCACUUUAAUGGACAUCUGUGCAUGCGUGCAUAUAUACAUAUUUAUUGCCCAUACAACAUAUGCUCAUGUGCAAAGAUACAUGUGUACACAUGAAAGUAUGCACGAAUGCUCGGUCGUGCAUAUGAUACAGGUCACACUCCUAUUUGUCUGCUCUUGCAUCUGCUCAAAUACAGUUUAUGAAUGCAAAUACAUGACUCAAUAUAAAUUCAGAGUAAGACCUCUUGUCUAUGUUAUGCUUUGAUUUCCUGCUGUGCAUACAUGGAGCUUAUGCUAGUACUCCCCAGUGUGUGAAAUUAUAGCACUCUUGUUUCUGCUUGGAUGCAUCGCUCACUUUGUUAUCCCUCUUUACCUUUUUUCAGUCCUAUUUUCCCUCUUCUCUGUGUAACACAUGCUCCCCCCCUGUGCUGCAGCCUGUGUUCAUGGUGACAUGUUUGUCAGUUAUUGGCAGCCGGGCCUCUCCUCCAGCUGCCCCUGGCUCUUUGAACCAGGCUGGCCGGGCUUGGCUGGUGCUAAUUGGAGGGCAAGAGCAGACAGCAUGAGGGGAGUCAGACUGCAGGAGCAACCAGAGGGUAACAUUGUGACCGGAGAGAAAACAGAGGGCAGAGAGAGGAGAGGGGUACAGUGCUGCGCUAAGUGGUGUAAGGACUGUGCUUAUCAGUGCAGUGUUUGGCACAAUCAGCGACCCGACCAGCCGUCACAUAAAAGGUUCAGCAGUAGAAUUUUAUAAUCUGUGUGUUGCAGAAAAGCAUCAUGACACAGCUUCUGAAACCUUCCCGUCUACCUUUUCUUUAGGAGUAUUUGUGAUCUGACUUAAACGAUCUUCUCAGCAUUAAAUAAAAAAAAAAAACACAUCACAGUUCUCAGAAAUCACACCUCAAACAGUGUUACAAGAAAACAGUUUUAGUGAGAGCGAAAGAAAAAGCACAAUAGUUUGGUUUUCACUGGGUGUCAGCCAAAACCAGGAUGGACUGCAUGUCCUGAAAAAGACUGUGAUUGCCCUCUAGUGGUUCAUCUAAUUCAUUACAUUAAUCUCCUGAAAAUGUCACAUGCUUUUUAAAAAUUUGAUUCUGUUUUUUUUACCCAGAUGACCUUACACAAACAUGUUUUUUUUAAGUCAACUCUUUCUCUCUUGUUAGUCUGAGGCCUCUGGAUGUGGAGUUCAUGAGGCGUCUGAGUAAGGUGGUCAACAUCGUUCCAGUCAUCGCCAAAGCUGACACACUCACCCUGGAGGAGAGGGACUACUUUAAAGAGACGGUGAGAUCAGUGUGUUUGCAGAUGGGCCUUCUUGUGGUUUGUGUGGGAGUUUUGAGGGCAGCACCGCAAUGAAAUAUCUCCAGAUUUAUUUUUUACUGUGUGUAUGUGUGUGUACAGGUUUUCCAUGUGAUAUUAAUAUAGGCUUACAUGUUACCACAUUGCCCCUAAACCUGCAGCAGGUCUUAAAGUUUGAAAAGACAAACCGUGCAUCGAAAGGUCAAAUAUUCGGUGGAUUCCCUUUAAAGCGUGUGUAUGAAUAUCUGCGACCACAGGUUGGUGACAUGAAGAGCUGCCAGGCUCCACAAACAAACACCAUCUGAGCCAACCCACAUGGUACCAACCCGGGAAAUAUUGUGUCAUCUCUUUCACUGUAACACUCAGAAAGUCAUGCUCAGCCCAGACCGAAGCAUUUAUAGACUGUUUAUUUAAAGUAUUUAUUUUCUGAGCUGGGUCCCACAACUCUUAAGACUGGCCUUUUUUUUGUAUAAGAGCUUCUACCCAGCUGCCAGCUGAGCAGACGAGCCCUUCAGUGAAUUACAGGGUGAUUAUAAAAGUCAACCAAGUGGGCUACAUGAAAAAACAACUCAACCUCUCUGACAUCUACCAAAAAUAAAACUUGUUACUCCACAUUUUUAGAUGAUAUCAGUCUCUAUCAACCUCUGCAAAUCUCUUUGCAGUUUGCCCUAGUUUAAGUAUAGCAAACUCUUUUGUGCUAAGAAUGACACAGUGCCCUAAACUCUGGUACAAUAAAAAGACUUUUCCCACACCCUCUCAUUUUUAAUCCACAGGAGGCAGACUGCAGCCACCUGCCUCUCUCGUUCAUUUGCUUUUGGUUACUGCGUCCCUCCUUCCAAGAUUGCAGAUUUCCGUAACAGCUUUAUUCCUUUCUGAGGAGCACGCUGGGUGUCUUGGCCGCUGUUUUUCCCCUGAUGCCUGUAUCACAGCCCAAUAAGAACAAAGCAGGACCUGGGCCAGGCCCUGGCAGAGAAGUGAAGCCGCAGGGCUUGUAGCUGAAUUGUUUUGGUUGGCCACACAUGCUCUCUAUGACCCUGAAGAUUAUUGAGUAAAAGCCUCUGGUGCCAGUUUUUUUUCCUGCAUUUUACCCACAGCAACUCCACAUGCAAACAGAAUAAGACUUUCCUUUUCAAUGUACAGUUUCACUGUAUCCUGCUGAGAGUGUCUGCUCCUCAAACCAACAUUUGAUGUGGCCUUUUUGAGCAAUUUCACUUGGUUUGAAUCCUAUAAUGUAAGCCUGAGAAAGCUUCCAAGGAUAAACAAUAAAAUUUUUGAUGAAGGACCAAGUGGAAAUUGUAAAAGUAGUAAUUUUGGGAGUUAACAGUCAUUCAUUAAACUGACAUUUUUCCUAGAAGUUCUGCUGCAGUCGCAACCUAUGAGCUUCAACCAUUAUAAAGACAUACAGAGAAAGGGAGUAGCCUGUUAAUAAACCAAACCUGUCUGGAAGUUUCUCCCCGCCGAGCGGUUAACCUCCAUGUUAAGUCCACCCUGUCAAGGCUAUUAUAGCAAUUUAGUGUCAACACCAGGCUGUACGACUUAACCAAGUGUUUAUUUAAAUCCUCUAGUGGGCUUAGAGCAAAUUCUAUACGGGGUUCAAGCCGGAGGAGUAAUACCUUAAUGUAAACAGGAUUUAGUUCAAGCAUUAGGGGUGUUUGCAUGUCAUGGUGAUUGCCGGACUUAAGUGCUGGUGCCAGGAUGUCAAAAUGUUUGCUAUUUGAACUUUCCUGUUUCAGUGUCACUUUGAGCUUGUGAUACAGACACUAAUGAUGUUUAUGAUUCAACUAUAAUGGAAAAAGUUCAGAAAUUCAACUGCCAUGACUUUCAGCACUGAGUGAUAAAACUUCAGUCAUUUAAGAAACGUACCUACGAUAGGAUACGAUAUACAAUACGAUACGAUGCAAUAUAAUAUGAUACGAUACUAUGCAAUACGAUAUGAUAUGAUAUGAUAUAAUAUGAUAUGAUAUGAUAUGAUAUGAUAUGAUAUAAUAUGAUAUGAUAUGAUAUGAUAUGAUAUGGUAUGAUACGAUGUAAUAUGAUAUGAUACGAUACAAUACAAUACAAUACCUCUGGUCACCUAGACAGCUGUUUGUGCUGUUGUUAUUGACGUUUAGCUAUCUUGGUCUUAUGUUUGAUUGUGUGUGUGUCUCUACGCUUGGCUCUGUGCAGAUUAGGGAAGAGCUGCGAGCCAAUGGGAUUGACGUUUAUCCUCAGAAAGAGUUUGACGAGGAUGCAGAGGACAGAGUGAUCAAUGACAAAAUCAGGGUAAGUUUGGCUCUGUCAGUUCAGGUUUCCUCUGACAGUGAAAUGCAUCCUGUCACUUCACAAUGUGUAUUUUUUAUGUUAAAAAUCUAGCAUAACAAAUAAAACUGAAAACAAAUGUCUGUUUGCACACGAAUUAAUGUGCACAUUUGUGUUUGCAUGUGUGCAUUCAACAGGCGAUGAUCCCUUUCGCUGUUGUGGGCAGUGACCAGGAGUAUCAGGUGAACGGCAAGAGGAUUCUGGGAAGGAAAACAAAAUGGGGCACCAUCGAGGGUAAUGCACAUGAAUCAAGAAACACACACAUACAUGCGCACUACAUAGCUGCCAAACCGACAUUAAAAACAAAUGACUCUCCAGGUGGAAUAAUGCGCACUCCCUUACUGUUAAAUCACAGAGCUGACAUGUUGUGGAAUUGUACAAAUUUCUACCUUAAAAUCAUUUAACCAUCUGUUGUUGAACUACAAGGUGUUUGUUUACUUACAUCUCUGUUAGUCUGUAACCAGGGAGAUGUAGGAUACACAAGGAAGAGAUUUACAAGGACUUGCUGGGUCCUUUGGGAUAAAACACUAACACACUCACACACACUCUCUCUUUCACAAGCUUGCACACAACAACUUCAGUACUGUUUACAUUUGUGGGCCUGUGCUGCCUGCUUUCACUGCCAAGGAGGUUUUUAGCGGUGCAGCGUCCUCACCUCACCCAUGCUAGACAUGUGUGUGUCUGUGUGUAUCCGUGUAUGUGUGUGUGUGUGAGCGGAAAAAAGAAAAAAAGGUUAGGAGAGUGAGAAAGGAUGUCCGUCUGGGCAGGGAAAGUACAAAAAGAGGGCAAUCAAAGCAGCACAAAAGACCUCGACAAAAGACAGUCAUUGAUGAACACACACUGUCUCCCUCCCAGCAUGCACCUCAGAGCACUCCUCUCCAGUCUGGAUCUUUGGUUUGUCGGCUGUGCUGGAAAUGAAUUAUAAAAUAUAGAAAUGAACAAUUUUAAUGUCCCAUAAAAUAUUCACAUAGUAGAAUCUAGACAGCUGCUCCCUCUUGCUGUUACAUAUUUCCAGCUCUUUAAUUUUUAACAGCUGGAUUAACAACAUACUGUACUGUGGAUGAGUUGGAUCACUUAAACCUGCUGCAAAGUUUUGGACGCUAUUUGCGUAUGCUGUAAUGACAAAAAAGGUCAAAUUGGUCCAAAGGCCAAAAUUUAGCUCAAAGCAGAAGUUCCUCACAUUUAACACUGAGCAUUUUGACACUUUUGUUUUUGCAGUUUGACUGAAAGAUCAUCUUUAAUGCUUUUUUCACCACUACUUAAAUCUCGUAUGAGGAACUUUGUUUUGAUUUUUGCGCCCCCUGUAGUGAAAAGUGAUACCUCUCAUUUUUGUGCUCAUUUUUUUCCUCAUACAUUUUAAAGCAGCUGCUUUUAUGUCAAAAUAAAUAUUAGGGGUGUCCAGAUGCAACUUUUUUACUUCCGAUACGAUACCGAGAUUGUAGCCGUCAGUAUUGGCCAAUACAGGUAUUGAUCCAAUAUUAGCAGAAACCUGUGCAUGACAAGUUUUGCACUCAGCUGCAAUGUCUUUUUCGGACUUAAAUGAAAAAUACUGCCACACAGCCGACAUCACUCCUACUCCUUGCUACUUUUUUUGUACCUUAGUACACACUGUUGUUGUGAGUACGUGGGCUCUGCAUGCAAGAUCUGGGUGCUGCUAGCUAGAGGUACCGGAGCGGAGUCUGGAAUGGACUGCUUUUAUUGGAGUGCUGACAUCGAGAUUUUAGAUGCAGGCCGAUAAAUUGUUUUUUUGGCUGAUAUCGGACCGAUAUCCAAUAUUGUAUCAGGAUAGCCCUAAUAAAUACCUCCUUUAAUGGGUGUUAUGUGGAAGAUGACUUUUCAGGCAGCCUGAACCUAAUCGCCUUUUCUGUACCUACCCUGAGGCAGUUGCCAAAAAUCUAAUUACAUGACUGGUUAAAGUCAAACCAGGGCCGCUGUGCUCCCUGAAAGGAUGCCACUUCAGAGCAAACGCCAUGUACCCUUUCAGAGUUGAGAAUUUUAAAGGUGACUUCACUCUCUUAGGGCGACAUGAACUGAACCCCUCAGAACAGCAGGUUGAAGGGGGAUAAGUACAUGGACUGUGGCACAAAUGCCAUCUUGUCUUGCUAAAAGAAUAGUGUCUGCAUUUUUACAUAAUUAAACAGCAAGGAGAGGAAAUGAGGAAAGAAGGAGCAGGGAGGCAUUUAGGCUGUUGGACUACAGAUGAAAAGCUAGAAGUCAAACCUAACUUAACAUGCGAGUAAAUGUAUACAUUGCACUAUAUGUAUAGACUUCUUCAUAUUUCCUCCAUAUGCUCUGGGUUAUUAUGGCAGCAGUGCAGCUUGUUACAAGUUAGCGCUCUCCCUCAACACCACUAAUCAGCGCUCACAUUCCCAGCAGUUAUUCCUCCCUCCUUCUUUCAAAGAGAAUUUAAUUUCCUGCCCCUGGAUUUCAAAGCUUUACAUAAAUAGCACCCUCCUUCUUUUUCUUCAUUUAUAUUCUCGACAUAAUCUGUAAUUCAAACAAGUGUUGGCUCGACUGGAGGCACCAGCAGCUUGUCACCGGGAGUUUGUUAAAACGUCUCACUUAAAGUUCUCCAAUAAAGACUUGAGCAGAGAUGUAUUAAAUUACCCGCAAGUGGAAGAGUGUGUUAUCUCAGCUGAAGAAAAUUGCUGGAGAUGCCGUGUUUGAGGAUGCCCUCUGGUUGACUUAGAAGCAACACUGCCCUCCUGUGUCACUUUGAGGAGUUACAAAUUAACUAGAAAAGAGAGGAUUUCAAAGGAUCAUAUUCACUCUUCCAAUUACUUUGAACUAUCUUGUGCCUGUUGCAUCUUAUAAUGUAUUCAAAGCCUUGUUUGAUGUUGGCAGCUGUAUAAAAACAUGAAGACUAUGUUGGUGAAUACUCUUACUUUAUCUACCUUUUCUAAUGUUCCCUGUAUCUUCUCCUCUGUCUUUAUUUCCAGUUGAGAACAUUGCACACUGUGAGUUCGCUUACCUGCGUGACCUUCUCAUCAGGUGAGUUUCCAUCAUCAUAUCCAAGAGACCAUCAAGCUGUUUAUCGUUAUAAAUAGACACAAGGGUAAAAUGACCUGGUAUGAGCUGUGUACUCGGCUAUCUAAGAAAACACUCACUUCAUUGAGUGACGGUGUUGAAAUGAAUUGGAAACAGCACAGAGGCGGCCGCAUGAAGCUUCAUUUCCUGACUAAAAUCAAUACUAAUGAAAUACUAGGUGAGUUGAGAACCUUUUCAGGCGGUUACACUCUGUGAUUCUGCAGAGUAGCAACUGGAUGGUAGCACCUCUCCUCUUUUUUCACACAAAGUUAGUAUAUUUCUGUCUGUUUUUGCCUUAAUGAGAUAGGGCAGAUAAAGAGGGAGAGGAAAUUGUGGGGAGGGGAAAGUGGGCAGCGAGCAAAACAUGUUUACAAAAGAAGUUAUGUCAUCAGACACCAAUGUGAAGGCCACUUACGGGAAGAUAAGAACUAGUGACGUCAUUUGAAGUGCACAAAACAGCAUAUAAAGGAAAAAGAGUUUUAGGGGUGGUUGGGAUUGUUUGGCUUCUGCUGUCCGUCUGAUUGUCAUGAGCUCUGGUUGAUGCUGUAACUACAAUAAAAUCACGCGAGAGGCUGCCAGCUUGAUUCUGUCUUCCAGUAGUUCAUUUUUGCACCUUUGCACCUAUGAAAUCUACUAUAUGGACAGCAUGUAGCAAAGGGUUAUGGCCAGGAGUAGAAUAACUAUGAUGAGGACUUUAGCCCAAAGACUGUAUACAGAAUGGACACCGUCUGCCUCCUUGAUGGGUGAAGCCCCUGUGAGAACAGCCCCCUCUGGUGACAGGCUGCAGUAUAGGUCAUAAACCCCGCCUCCUCCAGCAAUCCCUAUGGAGUUGUGGACAAACUUUAUAAAUCAAUCACACAGAAUAUAAAUUAUUCUCCCCCCUGCUUGCAAUGUUGACAUGUAGUUAUUGCAAGACUGGUUUGUGCUCAAUUCCUCUUUUUUCUGUGCAGCUCCAUUUUUAAAAGUUAUUAGGGGGUUCAUGUUUUCUAUGAUUGACACUUGAUACAGCCUAUGGGCGUACGAAGAUUGCGCUGUUUGAGCCGAGCAUCAUCACAGCGACUCCUGGUGACUCUCUCGCCGAAUGUGCACGUCGCUACUGCGCAAUGUGGGUUUCAGGAAGUGGAGAAAAAACCUGGAAAUACCGAGAGCUUUUUGGCUUCAAAUCUGUAUACUGGCAGAAGGCGGAACCAAGUUGUCUACAUUAUAUACAGUCUAUGAUAUAUAUAGAGUGCACACUUAAGGGGUUUGGCCAACCAGUCAUGCCAAAAUGGAAAUAAAUUAAAUGAAGUUUGAUAAAUAGUUAAAAUAUUUUGAUUUGGUGUGCAAAACGUAAAGGCAUCAUGCAUUGGUAUGUACUGUAACAGUGUUUUCUUUCUUUCUUUCUUUCAGGACACACAUGCAGAACAUCAAAGACAUCACAGGCAACAUCCAUUAUGAGACGUAUCGUGUCCGCCGCUUAAAUGAAUCCAACGCCCACUUCAGCUCGCAGCCAUCUGACCGUCCUGCUGUUCAGCUGCAAGCUAAUGGUCAGCCUGAGGAGCAGCCCCGCGUCCUGCAGGCCAACGGGGUGGCUGCGCAGCACGAAGCCCUGUCCCAUGAGAUGUAGAGAGCCAAUUAAUGAAUCAGGACACGAUCAGGCACAAAACUUGCACCCACACUCACACACAUGCAUUCUGUUUUCAUAAAAAUCACAUACUUAUGUUAGCAAGAAAGACUUUUGCCCAAAACCCACCUUAACACAGCUUUUAAAUCAUCAAGAAAUUAUAAAAUGUUUCAAUAGCAACGCAGUCCUUUAUGGGUUGUUUUAUGACUGAAAAAUCAAGUCUUCCUUGCAGAUCUAAUAUUGUACAGACAUCCCUUUGCUUUCCUUCGUCUGCCUGAAUGGUAUCCAAAUCCAGGAUUGUUUACAAUAAACCAGAGGAGUUAUUGGGUCAUUUAUAAGAUAAAUAAUUUAAACAUGUCUUAUAUUUGAGUUUUGGCUGCUGGGUUUAUUGUUAGAGCAUCUGCUGACUGUCAGGACUGCUGUGGAGUGCAGUUGCAGUAAUUAAGAUGUGAGGAGAAAUAUCAGUGAAGACAUAUAAGAAUUUUUUUGAUAAGAGGAAAAAACGCCUCUAUAGUACCUUUGUAAGAUCUUGGUUUGACAGGAGUUCUGACAAUACAGGGCUGUCCAGAUGAGGAGGAACAACAUCAUUCAAAAUGAAGUUCAGCAUAUCAGAUGAUACUAGAUUAGCUCCAUACUAUGACUUACUGUUAGUGCCACUGGCCGGGUCUGCUUUGUGUUGUGUAUAGUUUUGUAUAGAUACUAGGGUAAAGUAGGGAUGAUUACUUAAAGUAUUAUGGAGGGAGUAAAAGUCUUGUGGACACCUCCACACUGCAAAAACAGUUAUAAGAAGAGAAGCAGUAGCAGUGUGGAGCAGUUCUGGGGGAAAAAAGAUCCUUUUGUGUUUUUUCCAUUGUGUUAAAAUGUUUUCUUAAACCCCUUUUUGCCAAACCAACCCGUCUCUUUCUAUAUGAUGCCAAUGUUGUGUAAAACGGUCAUUUUACAUUGCUCAUUUAUUAUCGUAUUUUAAUUGCUGUUGUUCAUGUUUUAAUAUUAUAUAAGAUGAGGGGUUGUGGAGGAUUCUGUGCAACUGUUUCAGCCAUAUUGUCCUUUUUUUUUCUUACUGUAAACCAAAUAAAAAUAUUUUUUUCUGUUCUAAAGAGAAGCACACACAGCACAUAGAGUUGAUUUAUGAAUAGGUAUUUAUAUAUAUGUUAGUGUAACCAGUUUAAUCCAGCUUUUAUGCCACAUAUUGGCUUCUGGAGGUUUGUUGCAGGUCUUUAACAGUGAUGAUCUUCUAGCUUUAGAUUGUGUUUGCUCUUCGUUGCCUGCAUCCAUAAAGUAUAUUUUUCCUAUUGGCUAGGCUGCAUUAUAGCUAGCGUUUCAUGACUUUACCUGCAAGUGCAAGAGUGGUAUACAUUUUUGACUAUGGUGAGUAAUAGUGAACCAAUCCUGCCAAUAGAUGAUGGUCAGAAUGGCAACAGUUUCAUUGUAGCUUAAAGUAUAUUUUACGCAGUGAGGAUGUCUCAGCCACCAAGAGGGAGAAUUAACAACAAAACAGAAACGAUGACCAACAUCAACUGGUCGUUAUUGUGAAAAUGUGUGAAUUCAUGAAAAGUCUGGAUUUUUGUAAUUGCUAAAUUAACAUUUAAAACAUAAUCAUACUUCUUUAAACAGAAAAGCUGACUUUCUGUAAAACCAGGAGAAGAGUUGUAGAUCAGCAAAAUUGGGUCACUCUUUGUUCACUGUUGUUUAGUUCUUGUGUAAUUUGUUAUGGUAUUCUAGAUUAAGGCUUUAUCUUUGAUAUGCUAUCUCAAAGAAUAAAAAUUGAUAUUUUUAUUGUGUAAAGUCGACUGUCUUUAUUCUAC